AUGGGCGUCCUCCCCUGUGACCAUUCUCCACGGGGGACCGCAGCGGUAAGGCCAUGCUUAGCAGCACUCUCUGCUCUGCUGGGUCCUUUCUUGGUAGAGAGGUGUGUGACUCUAAAGCUUUUCUGCGAAAAUCCUGAGGAAAAAUCACACAAUGAAAACUUUGAAUGUGGAAUAAAAAAAAGCUGCAGUCAUGAAAAAAGAGAUCGAAAAAUAUAGCAUCUGAAUAAGGAGUGAGCAAAUGAAUAUUCAACAUCUCACGGUUGGUAAUUGACAAACUAGAAUUAAUAAGAAUUGUAAUGAGAUAUUGUUAAGAGCACGCAGUGGAUCAGAGAAAAGCUGAAUAAUACAUCUGAUAUUAAAAUAUACAGACCUAAGAUUACAGUGUGAACAUGCUGCAUGUACAGACUAUGCAAUAUGCACUCUAUCACCAUUCUUACAUUUGGUAUGCAGUUAUACACAACGUGUAAAACUGUGGGUUUCAAUGAUUCCCAAGAACACAGCUCAAAAUAAAGGCAAAUAAAAGCUGUGAGAUGUGACAGAGUCAGUGUGAUAACCAUUAGAUUGUAUUUCACCCUCCUAUUGUUCCACACUGGUUUGUCUCUGCCUACCUUUGUCUUUUGUCUUGUGCUGAUUUCUGCCAGCGUACUGUGCAGAGGGAUGUGGAGAUAAGGGAGCUGUUUGUGCAUAUCCACUAUUCAGCCUCCCACUGGGUGUUGUAGGCAAAAGAGGUAACGAAGGAGGGGGGUGAAAAGAAAGAGAAAGUGUGCACAAACAAAACCAUACAGCCAAUAACAGAGGUACAUGCUUACAAAAACAAAAAGACAAAAUAAAGCCCAACUCAUGGUUAGCAGUGCUUGAGAGAUGAAAUAGCUUUGCAGGAGUGUUUUGUAAUCAAUAAUGCAUGGCUGUCCAUCUUCGGAAAAGAGAGAAAGGCCCUCCAAACACACCAGAGGCAUCAGACACUUUUCAUUUCAUGCUGAAGGUCAGCAGAGCAGCAUGGACGUCCCUGCAGUGCAAAACACCAGGAAGUAAACACAGAGAAAAUCACUCUUACGUUCAGUCCCCUACACAAAGAGUCAUGCUGUCAUAAAGGGACUCUCUUCAAUGAUAGGAGAUUUCAGAUUGAGUGCUUUUGAUAUCAUAUAAUCAAUAACGUAAUCUUAUCUGUUUGGAUUGAGGGUUUAGAUUACAGCCUUUAAGUGUUAUAACCUAAUUUAAGAUAUGGACGGAAAUGCCUGAGGUCCGACAGAAGUAUGUAGGAGACAGCACAUUUCUUUCCAGUUACAUGUUAAGAGUUGACAUAGAGGUGUGUGACAAGGUGUUAUCCUUAUACUGUUGCUAAUUCUGCCUCUUUCUUGUGACAGUGUUUUUGCUGAGACAAAAAAAUAUAUAUCUCACCUUGUCAUUUUUAUGAUUAAAUUCAUCUCUCCCUGUGAGUAUUUGCUACAGGAAAAGUAACAAAGACUGUUUUCUCAUUGUACAUAACCCCUCACAGCAGUAAGAGACAUUAACAAUUACAACACAGAAAUUGUCAAUCUUGUUGUCCCACUAUGGACAACUUGGUUCCGCCUUCUGCCAGUAUACGGAUUGAAAGCCAAAAAGCUCCCGGUAAUUCCGCGUUUUUUCUCCACCUCCUGAAACCAACAUUGCGCCGUGGCGUUGUAUGCACUCCACCACUUGCGCAGUAGCAUUGUACGCAUUCAGCAGGAGGGUCACCAAGAGUCGCUGUGAUGGCACCCAGCUCAAACAGCUUAUCCCCCGGGUGAGCUUCGCAUUCUUUGUACGCUGAUAGGCUGUAUCAAGUGUCAAUCAUAGAAAACAUGAACCCCCUAAUAACUUUUAGAAAUGAAGCUGCACAGAAAAAAGAGGACUUGAGCACAAAACUGUCUUACAGUAACUACAUGUCAACAUCACAAGCAGGGGGGAGAAAAAUUUAUAUUCUGUGUAAUAAAUUUCUAAAGUUUGUCCACAGCUCCAUUAGGAUUGCUGGAGGAGGUGGGAUUUAUGAACUAUACUGCAGCCCGUCACCAGAGGGUGCUGUUCUGUGAUUCAUGAUAAGUUUGAUCCUGCGCAAAAUACUUAAAAAAAAAAAAUUCUAUGGAUUAAACACUGAUUCAGACAUACUAUAUUCUGAUUCAAGCACAUCUGUUCUACAAACUGCUCUUUUCUAAAUGCUAAAAUCAAACAUUAAUAAAAUUUAGAAAGGUACUUCUCUGAAAUAUGUUCAACACUUGUCUUAUUCUUCAUUUGAUUAGUGUUUUAUUGAUUUCUGGUGUGCGCUGAAUAAUAUUAAAUGAAGGAUAUAGUCUACUGUUAUCAAAACACAUCCUCCUGAUUUUCAUUUCAUUCUCUUCUUCUAACUUCAUUACUCUGCUUACUUGGCCUCAAUGCAAAUUCAACCCCACACUCCUUGGCAUUUUUACCAACAGCCCCCCGCUCAGUUUGGAUGGCUGUUAAAUAUUUAUUCCUCUCCCUCCUCGCUGCAUUAUGACACUGUGCUCAUCACCUGCUCCAGAGCCAUCGGCCUGGAUCGAUUUCCCUCCUCAAGCUUCCGCACAUCUGGAUAAAUUAUUCUGACCGCAGCACAGCCCGCCUCAGCCACCAGAAAUACAAACAUGCAGAUACACUCGGAAAAACACCCCCCACCCACACACGUAUGUAUAUAAACAGUACACAUACAAAUAGAAACAGCUAUGUGUGGUAGUGUAUGAAUGUCUGAAUGUAAUAAGCUAAGCAGGAGCAGCAUCCCAUCCCCCACCUUUGGUCACACUCACACAGAUAACCCAGAGUAUAUAAAAAAGUACUUAUAUUUGACCUCACUGGUGUACUUACUUACUUGCAGGCAGAAAAAUAGGCCUGCACAUGCUAACCUGUAUAUGCACACACAUACAGUACACGCACCGACCAUAUCACACUAUAAAAGCCCUGAGUGCUAAGCGUCUGCUCAUGCACUGAGAAUGACACAUCAGGAUAAUCAGCUUCCUACCACAUGAAGCUCUGGCCCCAUGACGGCUCAGAUCAAUUAGACACCAUUAAAGGCUGGUCCCAGAACAGCCAUGGAGACUUCCUAUGUCUUCUCUCCACUCUGCAGGGUGCUAACGAAAUCCAUCUUCUCCCUCGCCCAAACCUAAUUACAGGUAGCGAUGCACUGUGUGAGAUGAAAAGCUGGCAGACGCUUUGAUGGAUGGUGGGCUUCAGCAAAAAAGAGCAAACAGGUAAUUAACAUGACAAUAGGGAUGAGGCAGGGGUCUCAUACAAAGACAUAAGAGUGGGGGUGGUGUGAGAGCAGAGGUGCACACAUGUGUGUAAUGCAUGUGCGUUUGAGAGACAAAGACACCAAAGUGCAGGAAAUAAAGGGAGUUGAGGACUAAAGCUGAAAACUUUGAUGUGUAGUGAAGUCCUUUCAGUGUGUGAAAGAGAACAGAAAACAGUGGAGCAGGGAGUGACCAGACGUUUAAUGGAGGUGUUGAAAUAAAUAAUUGAUCCUUUGACAAAGUACACCUCAUGAAUUUUUCAGCUCAGCAUAUUUGUGGGUGAAUCAUGAAGAUGUGAUAGCUCUGCGGGUUUAAGUUGUCAGGUGUGUUGUUGCUCCUCAGGUGCUGCUCCUCUUCAAACAGUCUGUGGACCUGACCAAAUGAUCUCACUGUUUUAUGUCACUGUCACUGUCUGCUCAUAUCUAUUGACUUGGACUUAUUUUGCACAUAUAGUAUAAACAUAGGCUGCUUAAAUGUCUCAUUACAAGACAACACUGAAAAGGGGAAGUGAAAACAAAAGUAUACACUUCCAUACUGUAUUUUAAAGCUCCUAAAAAAAACAUGUACGCCCUGAUGUACUGUCAUGAAGAGCUGCACACUGUGAUACCUCUUUUAGCAAUGUGCUUCACGUAUGUCAAGGUUUCUUUUCAUAGAUGGCAACAAUAGUUUGUUUGUUAAAAACAUGUUUCUAUUGUUUUUGCAAAUACAUAAAAACUACAAGAGACAGGUCAAUGUGUCAGCAUCAUAGACUGUAUAUAGAAUGGACGCCGUCUGCCUCCUUGCUGGGUGAAACCAUUGUGAGAACAGCACCCUCUGGUGACGGGCUGCAGUAUAGGUCAUAAAUCCUGCCUCCCUCAACAAUCCCUAUGGAGCUGUGGACAAACUUUGGAAAUUUGUUUCACAGAAUAUAAAUUUUUCUCCACCCUGGUUGUGAUGUUGACAUGUAGUUCCUGUAAGACUGGUUUGUGCUAAAGUCCUCCUUUUGUACAGCUCCAUUUUUAAAAGUUAUGAGGGGUUCAUGUUUUCUAUGAUUGACACUUGAUACAGCCUAUGGGCGAUACGUAGUUUGAGCUGAGUAUCAUCACAGUGACUUUCGGCGACCCUCCUGCCGAAUGCGUACAAUGCUACUGCGCCAGUGGUGGUUCCAGGAAGUGGAGAAAAUAGUAUACAUAUUCUAUGGUCAGCAUUUUUGGGCCAAGACAACCUGAAGCUGUAUCCUCUGUGUAGCUUGUAGGCAGUCAUCUAAGUUAAAGCAGGUUUAUCUGGUUAAAAAAGUUAACAUGUUUGUUCAAUCUGAAAAAAGUGGUGUUUGUGGAAAGGAAAACUUUCCAUAAACAACAGAGACCACAUGAUAACAUCAUAGUGACGGAGACAGUAUCUCUACAAGAGCUUACAACAGCUUCAUCACUUCCUGUGAGGAGGGCAACCUAAAUCAUCUGUAGACAGACAAUGAUAGACCUCUUGCUACUAAAGGAAACAUCCAUAUUUUUGUAUCUUGUUUUGUUCUUUUGGUGGAGUCUCCUUUAGUUUAAACUGUCUGUGAUUCAACUGCUGGCACCAAUUUCGUAUCUCGUGUCUGUAAUAAGUGUCUUGUCAGUGGGCAGAUAGUUGUUCUUCCAGUCAUUGUUGACAGCAAGCAUUGUUCUGAAAGUGGAUGGUUAAAUAUUUUUAGUAAUAUAAUUAAAUUUUCAGGAGACUCAUCCACCAACCAGUGGUUAAACUGUUGAAAAUGUUGACAAAAGCAUUCCCAGUGUGAGAUUUGGCUCCAAGCCAAGCCAACUUUCCAUUGAACAAGUAAAAUAAUCUGGAAACUACCGGUAAUCUAAAACCUGUCUGAUCAUCCGCUGUUUUGCAAAUUUGUUUUCUGGUCAAAACCAUAAAAUUUCAAUUCAAUGAGAGCAAUUCCAGUGAUAACCAGAUUACACAAAUUAUAUCAUUUCAAUCCUGAACAUUUAAGCACAUAAGGUUAAAGGCUGAACCUUCAACAGCAGAAAAAGACAACAAGAAGUUCAGCUGGACCAGCUAAAGGAGAUUAUGAAGGCAACAUGUUUGCAUGUACAGAAGACAGUAAUAUGGACUCAGCAUCUGUAUUUGAAGUUUCUGAAGUUAAAGAGUGUUGUAAAUAAUGCAGGAAUCUAACAAGUUAGUCUUUGUGGCAGUAUUCUUGUGAUUUAACAAGUUACUUGCGCAAGAUACCCAAUUCUGCAUCUAAGUAAAUUCUGUCUUAGCAAGGCUAUAGUAUCAGUCAGUGGUUUUAGGUUUACUUCAAUUUUCCCCCAUUAGAAUAUAAAAUGACUAACAAGGUAUGCUUAGAGCUUCUGCCAGGACACUGACUUGUUGUUAAGCAGACUGAAAUUACUACUGAUAACUCUUUAUCACAUUCAAAAGCAGAUAAGAUAAGUUAAAUGUAGCUCUGUGUCAAUGUGAGGCUAUGAUGUAUGGAUAAAAGGAGGAAUUUUAGGAUGGUAGAAAGUUUUGUUUAUGAGUAGUUACCUUUUUAUCUUUAUUAGUUUCAUUCAAAGAAAAUAAAAAAUGCAGGUUUUAUAACUAUAAUUGAGCAAGACAAUCUUGUGAUUUCAAGGAAGUAACUGAAAGUCAAUAACUGAGAAUAGAGAUAAGAUUAAGUGAGUUUAUACUUUUUCCUUCUCCUUUUCAUGCAGGUUGAUAAAUAUGUUUCAGGUUUUUGCUAACAGAAUUUAUUGAUUUGGUUUUUUUUUUUCUUCCUGCUCUUUUUUCUUUUAACAACUCUUCUUUGAUUUUUAGUCUCCCGCAGUCAGCAUAAAGAUUGAUUAUUUCUGUAGGAUUACCUAUAAUGCUCACAACCUCUGUUCUGCAAUGGAUCAAUGUCGGAUGAAUUGAGUUACAGCGGAAACAGCCUUUGUUUACUUUUCCAUGAAAAGAUUCCAAUUGUGAGAUGCAGUUGAUUCUCAAGUGUUUAACGAUACUCCUCACAUAGUGAAAAGGAAGUGUAGCCUUGUCCACAGGGGGCACCAUAAUAGCAGUCCCCUCAUGAGCCUCAAAGCUGGUGAUAGCUGGUGUGUGUGUGGAGGGGGGUUUAGGUUUUCAGUGCCCAAUACCUGGAACAAACUACAGUCUGAACUUUGCAUUCAAGCUUUUGUGACACUAAAUGAAUUUAAAACUAUAGUGAAAUCAUUACAAUCUACCUCAUCGUUGUAAAUGUUUUAUGUGAGAUUGUUUUAAUGUUGAGAUGUUGUGAAUCUUAUCUGUUGUAGGAACUAUGCUGCUGCCCUCUUGGCCAGGUCUCCCUUAUAAAAGAGAUUUGUAAUCCCAAUGGGACGAACCUGGUUAAAUAAAGGCCAAAUAAAAAAUAAAAUACCUUGUAGUUGUCAAAGUGCCACCAUAGCAAGUUUCCAUAAAAGUUUAAAACUUCAUAAACACUUUUUUUUACGCACAGUCACCUCCAGCUCCAAAAGAUACCAAAUGCCAGACUGCUGGAGCAAAAAUCUUAUUUCAAAUCCAAAACCUAGUCUACAAACUGCCAAAGUGCCUACCUCUUUUGUACUAUCUGUGAGUGCUGACUAAUCUACUCCUGGUGAGUUACAUUUUUUUUUAGUUGGUGACCCUUUCCUGACCCGUUCAAAACCUCCGAAAGCUUCAGAUUAAAAUACCCUUCCUUAAUCUUUCCCCUCGUCCUUUGUGUAAAUGACACAAACUGCUGUUGUGCUGAAAUACAAUAUGCUUCAUUCAUAAUCCACAUUGUAAAAUACUGUUAUGAGGCUGUGCAGCUCAGACUUCGUCCAAACCCAAACACACACAAAAAAAAAAAUGCCUUAACCCUCUUCUUGAUGGCCCAUCACAUGAUUGAAAUACACGAUAAUUCCCCGUCUAUGGCAGAAAUGUUCCUGUAGGAUUAGUGUUGUGCACAAAACUCCUUUGUUUUAGGUUUGAGUCGAACAUUCUCGCUGCUCUCAAAUCAUUUCACAACUACAAACCUCCUUUCUACUACCAGCAGAAACCCUGAAUGCAAUCAGCCAAAUCACCCUGACCUGCUACCACCCUUUUUAAUAUGUGUCAUUAUUCAUCAGGGCACAAAGACGCUUGUGUUUUUCAUUGCACUUAAAUAUUUGUUUUACAUUUUCAAGCCAAGAGUAAUUAAGCAACAAAAAGCGUGCCUCGGAUGCCAAGCUAUACAUCCAGUUUGCACAAUACAGUUGUGCAUCACGGAGAGAGUGUGAAAGAGAGACUCGCAUACGCUUUCAAGAGGGACGCUCUGAAACUUCCAAUGCACAUUUGUCAUGCUUUUAAGUGAUUUACAAAUGAGAGGCAUGUGGGCUUUGUGAGGGAGGGGAGGGAGAGAGAGAGAGAGGAGGUUUCUAUGAGGAGCUUUGUGUGUCCUUGCCUCCCUGCAGCAUAUAGAUGGAGUAAGAAAUUGUGUUUGUGCGUCAUUAGUGGUCAUUAAAGCAGGAGAUAGACCAGAGCCACUUGUAGUGAUGAAGGAGAGAAGAAAAGAUGGGUGAUGGUGAUGAUGAAGUCGAUGACAAAUGUCUUUCUUGAGUCCUUUGCUCUGAUAGUUGAUUUAGACAGACGCCAAACCAGCUAGAAAGUGUUGUAACAGAGCAGUAAGAGCUCGGCUUCUGAUGUUUCUAUGGAGGUUUUAUCAUAAUUGAUGUAAUUUAUGUUCCCUUUGCUGCAGCUCCCUUGUUACCACACCCACUCAUUUCCACACACACACACACACACAUAUAUAUAUAUAUAUAUACUGUAUUUAGAUGUGUGUUUUCACACAGUUUCAGUACAUAAUAUAUCAAGUAAAUACACCAACUCCCAUCAGUGACAGUGUCUUUCCAAAUGUAUUUUUUCACCCUUUCGACCACUCUUGACUCAUUUGUUCUGACUCUCAGGGCGCAGGGGCGGCUUGUUUUAGCCAGGCAGCUCUUUAACAAAGAUGAGAGGGAAGAAAAAAAAAAAGACAGAGGAAGAGGGAGGAGGGAUGAUUUAGAAAGGCGCCCAUCCCCCCCUCUUGCAUGCUUUACAAUGAUUUCCUCCCUCACCUUCCUAUAUGAGGCCCGUGUUUUUCAACCUCAACUUUUUCAACUUAAGUCUUUGCUCAUGUAAAACGCUCUGAUUUAUCUGGGUUCACAUGGCCCUCUUUUAGUCCGGAGCUGAUUCAAGGGUUUUUAUUGGCAACUUUGCUGCUUGAGGCAACAGGUUUCUGUGUGUAGACACUGUUAGGACAUGUUCACAGACUAAUAAAUAUUAUUUCUGUGUGAUCCUACACAAACAUACACUCCAUAUGCCCUCAAUUCUUUUGGACUGAGGUCAUAAACUCACACUUUUCCACGUCAGCUGUUUUGGACGUGGCUUCUGUUCUGUGCUGGAGCUAUUGUUACAGGCUGUAUGUUCGUGUGUGUGUGUGUGUGUGUGUGUGUGUGUGUGUGUGUGUGUGUGUGUGUGUGUGUGUGUGUGUGUGUGUGGUUCUCAGGCUCUAUACUUGCAAAAGGGAUUGGGGGUGGGUAUGGAAGGUGCUGUGAAUUGGGAUGGUGUUGAUGGUAUUUUGGAGAGGGCGUCUUCCCUCUUACACACAGACACACACACAUACACACACUUGUCCUUCAGUAAAAUAAAGCACAGAUAGAGCUAAUUACAAAGUGGAUUGGAGCACUUGGAGUAAUACAAACAACAGCUGUCUGUGGCAGAAGAAGGAAAGUCAAACACACUGUCAUGUUUGAGGCAAACACACACACCUUGGAUAUAAUUAGCAAGAUCAAGAUAAGUAGGGGGCAACUCAAGACGUCUGUGUGUGUGUGUGUGUGUGAUUGUGUGUUUUAUGCACCUCUCAAACAACUGUUUGUUCCUCAGUUGAAAUGAAGGUGUAGAUGCUUGCAGCUAACGGCACAUUUAAGCUGAGUUUGCUGCUCAUCACAUGCUUAUUUGCUAGAUCAGACAUGAAUCUGCUUUAAGCAAAGCAGCUCGGCCAUGUCUGCAGGUUUCAGUCCACCAGUUUCUGCACAGAGGUGGAUCAACUCUGUAACCUGACCAGUGAGUGAUCACUGAUCUUACCUGUUGAAGUCUUGGCUGGAACGACAGUCUGUACUCUAAGCAUUCAAUAAUCACACAUAGUCCUUUCUUAUAUACUGUGUGUAGUAAGAGUGAGCACAGUGGUAUUAGAUAAGGAUAUUCAUUUUUAACAGAUCUACGCUCAGUUUGUAGGGGAUCUUUCAGAUUUUUCAUUCUAAAGCAGGUCAACCUUCAUCAAAACAAUCACAAACCAACAUUCUCCAAGCAAAGUCGGACAUUUGCUCUUGAAAGAGGAGUAAUAGAAGGUAUAUUUAACAUAAUUUUCAGUUGUUGCGACAAAAUUUGUACCAGAUGAGAAAAACGUCACACAUCGACAAUCAGUUUACUUUUUAAAUUUCUGUUUGCUGUCUUGUGUGGAUCUGGUAAAGGUAUGCCAAGCUUGACACAAAGUACUGUGUUUUAACAUGUGCAGGGUUUUUUUUUUUUUUCAGUAAAGUUAAACUCUUCUGGAUCGCAGAUUUCUGCUUCUGUUUUUCAUGGACACUAAACACAACAAAGUGUCUCAAUGUGUGUGUAUGCAGGUAUUCUAUCAAAAAUCUAAUUAAACCAAUUUCAAAUGCACAGGUUUGAUACCCUGAACUGAUGUGUUAAAAAUAGCAGAAGAAACAGUUACCUUUAUCUGUUCCUGUUAUUCACAAGAACCGCCGCUGCUGCAUCAUAAUAAUGCAUUAGAAAUAAAGUUCAGAGAGUUCUUCUUCUACUCCUUUACCAUUGUGAUUUUGGAUAUCUGACUUAAAAUUAUAGAUUAACUUAUUUUUUAAAUGUUUUAACCUUUGAGACAUUCAUCAAAAUGUUUCAUCGCAGAGCCGUUUUUAUCAACCGUGGGAAGGACAAAAAUGGAAACUUGUCACAUAACAUAAGGCAGAUAUCCACCAGAACAUGUGUUUCCAUGACAAUAAAAACAUUUAAAGCAUGAGCAAUUCCUCUCAACUAAGAUGAAAUUACCUUGGGAAUGAGCUGAAUUGGACCAAUCUGAUAAGAAUGAGGUGUACGUAUAUAUGGACCACUUAGUUCUGGUCAGGCUGUUAUUCACAUAAAAAGUCCAUGUAAACAAAGUAAGUUAUGUGUGCAGAGUUAUCUGUGUUGGAGCAAAAACAAAACAACCGAUUUUGAUUCAAGGGUCCUCAUGCCUUUAAUUUUUGGGGGGAAUGUACCUUUUACACAUCAACCUCAUUGCAGGAGAUAAUUCUCAUGGGGUGGCUGAGUGGAGCAUGCAGGAGGAAGUGGAGUCUUCCAUAGCUGUAGCUGUUGAUAAGUCAAAAUUAUUACAUGCACAAAGAUAAUUGUGCUAUACAAUCACAACAGUUAUAAUCAACUUGAAGUAUUGAGCACCUUUCACUUCUUCUUUCCCCUCUUUUAGUCUGUGUCACCAUGCCUUAUUAGAGUCACUAGUACACAGUCUCUGAGCUCCAUCAUGCCGUAGGUUUCUCUGGAUCGCUGCUGCAGAUGUUUUGCUGCCAUUGACCUUCCUGCUUUCCAUCUGCUUCAACUAUAUGCAUCAGUCUCACCUGGGAUGGGAUAGCAGUGGGUCUGAUCUUAUAAGAUGGGGCUCAAUCUUACCCCAUCUUUACAUUGGGUCUUUGUAAACAGAGUAUGGUAAAGAUGUGUUUUUUGUUGUUUCUUGGGAGAAUACUUGUUGUGAGUUGGUGCAAUAUGAAUAAAGAUUGACUGAUUGUGUAUAGCAGUGGUGUAUAGAAGUUCUAGUGUGGGGUGGGCGCACAGAAAAUUAGAUAGGCCCAUCUUUCCCAAAAUUCAUACCUUGUUAGGUCUUCAUACAUGUAUGCUAACUAAAUUAACACAUUGUAACAGUUUCCUUGUGUGCAGAUGAAUUUCAUUCUAUAAGCCACAUUAGGUAAUGUUAUAGGUACUGAAAAGCACACUAAGAGUAUCACAUAGCCUGUUGUUUAACUGCUCUAGAAUUGAGGGCGUGGUUUGGAUCCAUCAAGAAGCCUUAUGAGUGGAUGAGUAUGAGUGCUCACUGCAUUCACAUUAAAUCUUUGCAGACUUUUUACUACGGGGGUUGGCAUGAAAUGGUAAAGCUAGAUUUACACAUGCAGACCAUCUGAAUGAAAUUUUCAGAAGUGAAGUACAUGUGUGAAAGGGGCUUAUGACAGAACGUCUGAGCUAAAAACUGCUGUACUGCUUUGAAUCUCAACACUUCCUUUAAUGUGUAUCUGCCAAACUUCCAGAGAUUCCCACAGUGCAAAUACUGAAUCACUGGGGUAGUCCUUAAAUGAUGUCACUGUGGACAGUGUGAACCUCAACAACUUCCACUGUGGUCAGUUUCAACAGCACUGUUAACAGUAACAGUGGUAGUUGUAGUACAACUUGUAGUGGCAAUACCAGUUUCAACUUUCCAAUAGUGCCGUGGAGGGAGUAAGUGUGGGGGUGGGUGUGAUGGUAAGUGAGAGUGUUUGAGGCGAGGGUUAGCUGAGUGGGAGUGUAAGCAGGUUUUUAGAUAUACAGUAGUACUAUUUCAGAUUUUGUAAGUGUCUGCAAAGCAGCUAAUACAGGCCCUGAACUCUUUAGCAGCUCCAGCUCAAAUCGUGUUUCAUGGAUAAAUCAAAAAUGCAAGUCAAAAAAAGGAAAAAAUUGUGACACUGGGAGUCUCUAAGAGGUACUCCUGUCAGCAUGUUUACUAAAACCCUCCUCCAGGUACUUUUAAAACGUCUACAUAACACUACAGCUAUGGCCUGACUCUGGCUUGUACUUUUAUACAUCCAUCCUGUUUUUUAUUUAUAUUUUAUUGAAACAGAACACAGAGUACUAGAGCAGUGUACAUGAGCACAAAUAAUAAUGUUGCAAAAGUUGUUCAAAGUCAAAACUAUUUUUACCUGAUAAAUAUAUAUAGACCUGCAUUUGUCUGGGUGCUUUAAUUGUUGUUUAAAAGAUAUUUGUAAAACUUGUCAUAACGUUAUUUGUUAGUCUCUAAUAUAGAAGAAGCAAAAUACUGUAAAUCUGACCUUGAAGUUUCAUUCCUCACACAUACUAAACUUACAAAGAACCAGCUCAACAACUUUGUGCACAUUUCGAGGUUAAUGUUUAUGUAUUUUGUAUUUUGAAACUCUUUUUUUUUUCUCUGCCAAAAACAAAAUUUUAUCGCUCUUCUUGAAGUUCUGCAAUCCUGUAGAUGUAGUUAUAGCAUUACUGCUCAGCUCAGGAUGUUUUUAUUUAUUCAAUUCCUGAAACUGUAACAUCAGGGAGGGUAAAUUAAUGUGCUAUAAUGAAAUUCAACUUUUUAAAGUAUUUUUAUGACAUGUUCUUGUUUGCAUUUUGCAAAAGUCAGCAACAUGUAAAACUACACAAUUACUGUUAAAGCUGGAGAUUAUAGAAACAGUAGCUACAUAAAGAAUACGCAGGCAUCAAUUUGCUGUUAAAGUUGUAUUUUUAAAUAUGUUUUUUAAAGACCCAUUUAAGGAAGGAUGAUUAACUUGUUAAUUUUUUGUGCACUGUUUCAAGUUAUGGAAAUAUUGCUUUGCAUAACUGAAGGCAGCAUGAAGAAUUUCCAUACUACAUUGAUUCUGGAGAUCCCUUUAGUCAAAACCUGCAGUGUUUUCCCGAUGAAGGCUGUUUUUCUCAUGAGCACCAUCUUUGGUUGUUGUACAUGCAAGUUAAAAUUCAGUUUCAAAAAGAGAAAUUGAAAUUGAAUGUAAAAAAAAAAAGUUUAAAAUAAUGUCGAGAAAAAAGGGGCCAUCACAUAUCACACUUUUCCCUAGAAUUAAAAUAUUGACGUUUUGUCCUCUAAAAUUCAUUAUAGCUUUUUUCUCAUAAAAUUGGAUUUUGACAUUUUCUUGACGUUAAAUUCUGAGAUUUUUUUUUUUUUUUUUCUUAAAAUUUUGACUUAUUUCUCUACAUCUAGAAUUUUCCUGGAAGUGCAUUGCAAAAACAAGCCCCCCAGUUCUCCAAUUUAGGAUGUCAAAUAUCUAUCAAUAUAUGAAUUAUAUUGAACUGUACAUAACAGUGUCAAACCUCUAAUCUAUUUGCGUUUGUCAGCUUACACAAGGUGAGCAGAUCAUGAUGACCUGUCCGAAUGAUUGACAUGUAGUUCAAAGCUUUCAAACACCAACUUAAACAUUAAAAUAGGCAAAGCUCUGAUCAUCAGGUUGAUCAAAAAGAAGUCUAAAAACGAAAACAAACAUCUUUUUGUUUUUGUUAAUCCUGCUCAGGCAUCAGCCAUGAGCACAAAACAUGAUAUAAUAAGAGAAUUACACAAAGACAGAAAUCUCCUCCUGCUUGUUUACUCUGUGGUCAAUGCCAGCCUUAGCCAGAGGAGUUGUAAACAUAACCAACUCUUGGCGAGUGCUGAAUAUCAAUUUAAUUCAGAAGCACUUAUUGGCAUGGAUACAUAUGUUUACACUGACAAAAGAUAGUGAAGAAAAUGAAUAAAAUGACUAUAUUUUCCAGCGGAGAGGAAAAAGAUGUGCGGAGCUGUGCAGAAUAGUAGCAUUGUUAUUGUCACUUGAAUUUAUAAUCACAGAUAAAAUGAAAAUAUAAUUAUAUAUACACGUGGUGACAGGCAGCUUUUGGUAAAAUAGAAACACUCCACAUUUCUUUCUUUUUCUCUUUGUGUGUGGUUUCUGUGUAUGUACAGUCUGUAUACAAAGGUGAUCAGUGGGCAUGUAAACAGGUAUCAACUCACCUUUGUUCAAGGACAAUUGAACACAGGCACUGGAAAUCAGUAUAAAGAAAUAACCAGCCUUGUUGCUGAUUAUCUUAUUUGCAUGUAGGUCAUGAAGAGGCGUCAGUGUAAAAGUAACACUAUAACAGAACAAGUUCAAACUCCUCACAGUGCCUUUACAGAAAAGUGAAACUUGUUGGAUAAACAUGAAAGUAAAACUUCCUCGUUCUUUCAGCUGCUUUUUUGUCACUUCUCACACGGAGAGUGUAGUGUAUUUCAUGUGAAGCAAGUUUCCUGUCAAAGGGAAGGAAAAAAAAGAAAGACAAAAAAGUGUGAAAUGACUCUCUGGUCUCACUCUUAUCACCUCACAGUCACUGAAAAAACCCAACACACAUCUGUACUUGUCGACAGGUUGGUUUUGAAUCACCUGUUUAUUUAUUUAUUUUUUUUUACUGACCCACAGAUGAACUUUUGAAACCUACAGUGCAAUAAAAACACCCGAGGAAGCAAGCCGAAAGAGGUUCGGCUGCUGUGUGCACUUUUUUAACACGUUACUGUUUAUGAACUGUCCUGACAUCUUUUGAAGUGGUGCACUUGAUAGUGGCUGCAAAACCAAACAAAGCACAUUGAAAACAAAACCUAACUACUAAAAUAUUCACUGAAGCCAAAGAGUAAGGAAAUAAACACUUAAUAGUCACACAUUACAAAAACAGAACAGAAUAGGGCUUUUAAUAUUAUUUAUGUAUGUUUAAUGGAAAUUAGAAGUCAGUGUUUUCUGGUGAUUUCAUUACUCAAUAUCUUGACAAAAGAAACAAGGUCAUCUGUCACAAUAUCUCUGGAUCUCUCCAGAUUGUCCUCAAAAGUUUGUGUUGUUUAAAAGGUGAGAGUGAAUAAAGAGAAAUGUGUGUCAGCCUCAGUCUGGGACCUCAUGGUCAUAUUUCAACAGCAGUGCAUUUACAGCUGGUUGGAGAGCUGCUAAAUUGGAGUAAUAGAGCCUCAUGCCAGACAAUAAUGUGAGUUAAGUCCUUUAGGGCAAGGAGCUGCAGAGAUAGCCAAACAAAAGAUAAUCAAUAUCAUAUGCUAUGUCGCCUGGAGUCUAGACCGGCCCCUCUCCGGCAGACUCAUCACAUGCCUCUGAGCGCUCAUCUACCACCAGAUUCAAUGUCAGACACAAUGUCAGACAGGCAACACGUCCGUGGCCAAUGUGUUAAUUACAACAUCAACACACAAAUAAACACAGAGGUUAUGAAUCACAGCUGUCAACGACAAGUAUGAUUGUUUUACUAAUGUGAGAAUGAGCAGGUUGGAUGUAUAUAAUUGGAUGCGGGUGUUCACUUGUAAUGCAGACUGCUGGGAAAAUGUAGGGAUUGGAUUGUCUCACACUCACGUUCAGAUGUUAAAUUCCAGUAAAAGAUUUAUAAAGUCAUUGAAAUAAGUUUCCUAUGGAAUGAUUUACAUGUAUAUGCAAACUAAUUUUUUAAAGAUGUUUUAAAAAUAAGAAAAAAAUGUUCUCUUAGUGCAAAACAACUCAGAUAUUUGACGGUUUCUGUUUUGCCACUUCUUUAUCUCUCUUGAUUAACUCAGUCAAAUGGAAACUUACUCUUUGUGGUUAAAAAUUCCAUUAUUUUGCAUGUCAAAACAACAACAGCAAUCUUACCGUUGUUGUGAUUUGGGAAUCAAAGAAAUGCAGUUAGUUGCCACUCGUUUAGCAUGUACUGUAGUCUACCUAAUGUCUUCAGCUUAGUUUCAUCUACAGGUCUGAGGGGAUUCACCUUCAAAUUAUAGUCAGAGUCUCUUUUGGGAAGAUGUGUGAUCAAAGGGGUGACAGCGUCUAAGGCUAAUGAGAUGAGCAAGCAGAAGAACUGUGAUGACUGGGCAGUAACCGGCUGAUUUCUGAUGAUGUCGUCCAUUGCUGAUAAGAUGAUGUUGCUAACAAAACUGUAGGAAUGGGCUGGGAUAAGGAGGAGGAGAGUUGUGAAUACUAUGAAUGAACUGGAGGAAAAGAAAUGAAAAAAAAAAGACUGCAGCAAAGUGACAGUCUAACAAUGAGGGUGUGUGUUACGGUAAUGUUAGACAAACGUGACCAGGUGAUGAGAACAGCUGAUGACUACACAGGAUAUGAGAGAGCAUGAGUGGAGGGGUGAACACAAUAAAGCGAUGAUUGAACCGAGUUAGCUGUCCCUGAACUUUAACCGAAGCUACAUAUUACUUUUCACUCAUCAACUGAGAGAUGCCUGGGAGUUUUCAAACAUGACAUCUGCCAUUUAAAUAUGAAACUGUGUAAUUUCUCGUCAUGGCAGCAACAGGGAGAUGCUGCGGCUGCUUUACGGUGCGCCAAAAGGGACAAAAAGCAUAAAGUUAAAAGAAAAUAGUGGUUAUAUCUUACCUUAAAGAGGGGAUUUUUAUUUUUUUAUUUUUUCAUAUUUUAAAAACAAGUGUCAUGUUUAAAUGUUGGUUGUUUGUUAAUGUGUGUAGAAUACAGUCAUCUCCUGAUGGACCACAGGGCUCUCUGAUCAGCUUGUUCAAAAAGUGUCACCAGAAUCCAGGGAGCGGAACAUGAAAUUUGCUUACAUUGUGAUGUCACCAGACAGUGAAAUUUCUUAACAGAGCAAAUUUAUCAUUUUACAAAAAGAAAAACAACUUGCUGUUGCAUGGCAACAGUGAAGGAGGCUUCCAGAAUGCUAAAUAUUUAUAUUAUUCAUAUUAUUUAUAUUUUCCAACUAAACAUAACUGAUGUACUUUGCAUUUCUGUAGAACAAUAUGGUCUCACCAAAGUGAUGAUCCUUAUAAAAUGUUUAAAAAUUUUCUUACUGCAACUUGAACCAGUGUGUCAUUUUUAAUCUAAAUCAAUAGCUUAAGGAAAAAACUAUCAGGUUGAUGCCCUGUCACCUGUGUAAAAAUGCCAUUAAAAAUUAUAUAACAAUUAAUGUAAAUUAAAACAAAAUCUUUUAGCUAUUGGAGGACAAAAAUCUUACCUUCUUCAUUCUUUUUUUUUCUUUGUUCAUUUUGCAUACAAACUUCCAAAGAUAGUUUUUCAAAGAAGUGAUGGCAGACUUGCUUUAGCUGAAAAGAAAAGUGGAAGUGAUACCGUGAGAAGUCAGUGAAAAAAUGUUAUAUAAGUGCUUUUAAAAUACCAUCAUUGGACGCCAUGAAAACUAGGCUGAGACAGAGUAUGAAGCAGAACGUGUGGUUUCAGCUAUGUGGAUGUAUAGUUUAUACACUGGAAGGCAUAUACAGCCGAGUCGAGGCAACUUGUACAGAUACCUUUUUCCAACCCCCCUACCACACACUCAGCCAACACCCUCUCCCUCCCCUCCAUCUCCUUUGAACCCAUGGACACACAGACCCUCUGUGUGUUUGAAUUAAAGGGCUGUGUCCAGAGUGGCUACUUCCCCUCCUCUGUGACAGGCUGUAUGUAAUAGGGUCGCUGUCACUGCUAAGACAAACCAUGCAUUUACACGUGGCAAAGGUACAACAACAGCCUCUUGCUUGACUUCCUUGUUAGCAUGUGUGUGAGACAGACAUGGGAUCCUUCUGUGGGCUCUGCAAUACUCUCACAGAAUGACACCAGAUUACAUGAUGAAACCCUCAGGCUGUGAUAUUCUCAGUGUGUCCCUGGUGGCUGUUUUUCUCUCAUUGUUUGCUGCACCUGAACAUGCACUGCUGCUUUUGAAUGAGACUACACUGUAUGUGAGGGGGUGGGGAGGGGGUUACAGUAGUUUUGCUGUAGGGAAUACGUAGCUACCUUUUCACUGAGUGUUUGCAUGCGUGCACUUUGGGGACAUCAGUUCUCUUUCAACCAGCUUGUGCACUUUUUAACUCUGUUAUGUUUUUCACAUGUGCUCAUGCGGAGAAUGUGCACACAUCUGUAUUUUUGUGUAUGUGCGCACCCAGAGCUGUAGUGUGUGUGUGUGUGUGUGUUUUUUUUUUACAGUGAUAAUUCUGCUGAGAGGCAGGCAGACAGCAAGGGAGGGUGAAGAAGGAGGAGGAGGAGGAGGAGGAAGAGGACUGAAGACAAUGUGAGCGCUGCAGUAUGAUCCUGUAUCCAUCAGGCUGCCUCCUGCAGUCACCGCUGCUUAAAAUGCACUGCCACAGACACACACACAUACACACACACACACUUUCUGUCUCAUACACACAGGAAAUGGCCUCAAUCACUGUAGCACACAGUCCACAGUUUCUCAUUCCAGAUGGGAUUAUGAUGUUAUUACUGCACGAUUACACAGCAUAACUAUAUUAACAACAGAACACAACCUGGGACUUCUCAAUCAGUCACCUUCCCUUUACACUGAGAGGACUUUUCAACAACCCCUCCCUGCUUCCCUCCUUCACACACACAGGGACACACGCUGUACACACCCUGAACUAACAACAGUAGGAGUCAGCCAUUUACCUUUAUCUUUAUCUUCCUCCCUGCCGCUGCUGUUGCUGAAUGAGUUAUUAUGAGCCUGAUUUAACAAUGUUUGUGCCCUGAUGGAUUGCCAUUUUUAUGUCUCUGAAUUUAUGUUGAUCUGGUGACGCAACAAGGUUUGUGUUGGGGAGCUUUUGCAGGUGGAUGUUGCAGCCCAGCUGUGAACAAGGCUGCUAAAAUAGCAUGAAUGAUUACUCGUGGGUGGAUCCAUGCUCACUUCCCCUCCCCGCCCAGUGGAAUUUGAUAAGAUGGAAAGGAAAGGUGGUCAAAAGAAAAGAGAGGAGAUAGAAAUAGAGGAGGGGAGGAGAUGGAGGGGGAGAUGUGAAAAUAUAGAAAAAAAUUGAGAGGGAGGAGUAGUGAAACCAGGAAAUAGAUGAGAUUCAAAAACUGUUUCAGAUUGAGUCAACAAGGUAGAGAAAGACAAGAGUGAGAGUGAGAGUAGCGCUCCUUCCUGUAAAUAUAAAGAAGUAAAAACAAGACAAGACGUGUCAUUUAAACAGAAUGAAUUCGAUCUGUAAAGCUCUAUGUCUGUUGAAACAUCUACAGAAAAAGAAAGACACAUUUAACAACAUAAGCAUGAAGCUGCCAAAUUCAACACAGUGAAGAAGAUGAAAAAAAUGAAACGGGUUUAUUCUCUCCGCAACUCAAAAGCACAUCUGACUUCAGUUAAAUUCUUUUCUAUGCAGCUGAAAUAAAAGAAGGUGUGGCACUGGAGUCCAAAAGGAGCUUUAUUUGCCUUAUUCAAAGGAUGUAAUGUGAUAUCCCAUAAAUACUUUAUGCUGUAUAGCAAGACGUGGGCUUCUUCCUCCUGCUGCUGCUGUGUGAUACUGUAUUUGCUCAUGGGCUGGUUAGGCAACAAAGCACAGAACCACCACCACCACCCACCCAUCCACCCACCCCUCAACCAGCUCUCCCUGAGGUGUCUCCUUGAGGGCUCUCCUUGCCAGCUGACAAUUAGCAUGCGGUCGCUAAUGCACUGCGAGCUAAUUGAGCACAAGGGGGCUAGAGGUGUCAGUCACUGGAGAAGCCUUGUAAUCGCUGUGUAGCCUGGAAACGAACACUAGUAUCACUAUAAGACAAGAGGGUGUAGACUUUAUUAAACCAUUUAAGAUGAAUUAGUCACAUGUGGAGAAAAUUAAAGUCAGUGUCAGAAUAAAAGGACUGUCAAGGAAACUCACAGAUUAAAUAUGGACAAUGAUCUGCUGUAUGGAUGUAUACAACACUCCAACUCCACAUUUGCAUAUAUUUGUUUGCCAUAUUCUAAUAACCUCUUUUUAGACAGGACCAAAACAUGCACAGAUAUAGACAGUAAUGUAAACCAAAGCUGUCUGGAACAGUGCACAUCAUUGUGUUGGAUAGCAUGGGUUGCUAUCUUAAGAGCUGCCCUGAGGUGUGCGUUUGUGUCUGCCACGCAUGCACAAGCAGCUCUACAUGCAAGAAUGUGCACAUGCAUGCAUGCAUUGUUGUCUGCCUGCAACCUUUUUAGAGUAAUGCAGACAAUUCAUUAUAAACCCUCAGUUUUAAAGGUGAAGGUUCACUGAGGUAUAUUUUAAAAUGCUGAGUGGGUGACCUGCAGUCUGAAGGGCGUUUGACAAACGGCAGAGGAGCUUCUCUGCCGACCGCUUCAGAGAGAGAAAAGAGAGAGAGAGGAAAAGAGGGAGAGGACACCUUGGUGUGUGUUUGGAGAGACAUUCCCUCUGACUUGGAAAGCAGGAAUAGAGCGAGAAAAAGGGCUGUUUCUAAAGACUGCUCGCUUAUAGCAGGAAGUAUUUGAAGAGUGACUCACAUUCUACAGGGAGAGAGAGAGCAGGGAGGAUCUGUUCGUUGUGUUAAAACUAUGUACCACUAAUGUGCACGUGUGUGGAAUUAUUUCAUGGAUGUGAGCGUUGAUGUUUCUCACAUGCAUUUAAUAAUAAGCAUCAGCGAUGGUGUCGUGUGUGCAGGAGAAUCACAGUUUUCAAGGCACGAAAGAAUAUAUUCCAGUAGCUGUGUUAAACAUAUGCUACAGUGUGAGUGUUUGAAUGCUUGUGUGUGUGUGUCUGCGCGUGUGUAACUGGGUCCAUAUGGAUACAUGUGUAUGGAUGUGGAUAUCUGUGUCUUAUAUGUGCUUGCAGUUCACAUUCUAAAGAUGCACGUCUGAAUAUUAUUAGAUAUGUGUGCAUGUGUGUGUGAUACUCUGAGGCUGUUAGUGUGUUUUGUUUGUGUGCAGCUAAUUAUGCUUCAGGAAGAACUACCUUGACUGACUUGCACGUUCAUAUGCUCACAAACAAGUUUUUUGGGAUAGUUGAAGUCGCGCACUGACGCAUCCAUGAUUUUAUAAUCCUCACGGGUCAAUAUGUGUAUGUGUGUUUGUGCAGGUUUAAGUGUAGAGAGCCCCCGUGAAGCUGCAUACAUGAAGCCCUGUACCUGCCAUUACGACUCAAGAGCACGCCGCUGAUAAGAUGUCCAUGUGUCUUAACUCACUGGUACAUCAGCAGUCGACAACAUGGCUCCCUCUCACUGCGCACACGCUGAGCAAACAAGCCUGACCUCUGCACAGCAACCACAACAACACUCUGAAGUGACACUUAUUACACAUGACUUUAAGUGUGCAAUAAGAUGAAGUACAUUUUUACCUCGUUUCAGAGAGCUGCUGGUGCCUGCCGGUGGGGUUUGUACUGUGACAAAGACGUCAUCAGAGGUAUUUUAUAAGACAGUACCGCACAAUCACAGUUAAUUACUUGUUGGAUUUAUUGGGACUUGAAUGAUUCUUUCAUUCGUUUGGGUAAUUAUAUUUUCUACAAGCUUGUCUAGAUUUUCCAGUCCUUCAAGGUAGUUACAUUUAACCCAUUUGCUGCCUGACAAAUACCUGGUUUUAUGUAAAUCUUAUUUUUUAAUCAGUAAAUCGUUUUUCAGAAGGUGUAAAAUUUGAACUUAGAAAACACAAUAAAGAGAAACAUGGGUAUUGCAACCACUAGUCAUUGUGUAAUGUCCUUUUGUGCAAAAAAAUUUGACCUCAGAUUGUUUCUGUUUUGUUUGUUAUUGUCAGGUGAGUUUUAAACAGGAUUGAAAACCUGCUUGACAGAAAAAAGAAGUUAGGUUAUUCUUCACAGCGAGUAAGUCAUAAAAAAAAACUUGAUAUAUCUAUAUCUGUAUUAUGAAGUAUUUUUAUAUAUUUGAGGGGGGAAACUAAGGCUACUCUGUCUGUUAAAAUAGGACAGAUGUUUGUGCUUUGAAUCCAUUUUCAUUUCCUCCUGGACUUUUCCACUCAAUACAAAAAGCAUUACCUUGCCAGCACAGAAUAGGACAAUAAACUCACGGAAUAAGUAAAGCAAAUUUAUUUGAUUCAAAGAGGAAGUGGGCUUUCUGAGCUUAGGCCUGUGAAUCAAGUUAUUCAAACUUUAAUAUGGUGAUAUUUCCUUGGAUUUCCGACCAUUACGGUAAAAUGAAGCCCCACUGCAUACCCACAGAGCCAAUAAGGCUUUACCUAAGACACAGCUGAGUGUUGCUAGGGUGGAGUUCAGGGGGGUGACUCUCCGGCCAUCUAUUAUAUGACGCUUUACCGGUGGAGUUAAAUUACAUUAUCAUCAAUCUUCACAUCUUUCAAAUUAACCGUGUAAUCAAAUUCAGUAUCACCACAUGUAAAAAUCCUUCGGUAAAAUUGAAAUUUCUAUACUCCCGAGGCACUUUUUGAAGUCCUUGGCAGUAUCAACAACUUUUCGCUGAUGAGACAAUAGCAGAUAGUUCCAUUUAAUGCGAGAGGAACCAUUUUAUCACAGAAAGGGGAGAGGGGGUUGAUGUCAAACGAGCACAUAAGCUGCAAUACAGUUUUCUAUGUAAGCUUCCUUUUUGUCUUUUUAACUCUCUCUACGAGGAAGUGUCUUUAUUUGACACGAAACGAUACGACAACAAGGGGGAAAAAGUCGGAUUGGGAUUUCAGUCCACCCCCACGAUGCAGAAUGGACUCGACCUACUCAAUCAUGCACUUCAGCAUACACUGCAAAGAGCAUGCUUUCACCUUUAGGAUUGUCUGAGCUUCUGGAAGUCACCCUGGAUUAUUUUUGUGGAUAAAACAGGUACGUACACAUUUUCUCUCUUUUCACGCGUUUUCCACUGAGUGUAGCGGACCACCUCGUGGGCUCUAUAUGGGCUGGAGGUGGAAGCCGAUUGUCUGAUCUUGAUUUAUAAAUAGGUUACACGCAGGGAAGGCUGGAGUGUAGUGUUUGAAAUAGAAAAAAAUCUUGUUUGACCUCUUGUCGGUGAUCGUCACAAGGAAAUUGUGCCAGGAGAGCGUUAAUGAGAAGUAGUAUGAUACAGACACCCCGCAGACAUAUUUUUGAAGCCAUUUAUUACACUUGUGAGUUAUGUCAGGCGUUUAAAAGCUGCGUAAAGUCCAUUAUUCAAACAGAAAAUAUAGUGACAGUCUUGAUUCAUAGCCUUCACAGAGUCAAAGCAAACUUUCCACCACUUCCCCACAAUCAUCACCACUUUACACAGCAAUCAUCACAUCAUCCAACACACAUACACACACUUGUGUUUUAAAUAGAAUAAAAAAAAUAAGGCAUAAACGUAACUGGGAGGUGUGGGGUGGGGAGGGGGGGGGGGGGGGCAGUCAUUCUUUUUCUUUUCAAAGGUUGUUUUAUUCACUCAGUGGCAGACACACAGGGUGGAGGUGGACGUUACAGGGAGGGAUAAGGGGGGGUAUAUCCAUAUUAGGAAGUGGUGUCCUACAUAAUAGACAUGGCACAACUGCCUCCGAGCAAGGCACAGGUGCCAAAAGCCGGUAAAGGUUCUUCUUUUCACCAUUAUGAGGAUGUGAAACCGCUGGAACAACUCUACUAUGUCGUGUUUCUUCUCCUUUCAAUCUGCGCAUAUUUAAGCUCUCUCAACUCAUCUGUGCGUGUGUGUGUGUGUGCGCGAGUGUGUUUGUGUGCGAUGUGGGGGUGCGGAAACAUGUGGCGGGGGAGGGGGGGGGGGGGUAUGUGUGUUUGAUGGGGGUCUGUGAGCAUGUAACCUAACAUUUUUUUCUCUCCCCCUGAAUGAUGAUGUACCUACAGGAUGUGAGCCUGCUGUUAUUGUAAAGGGACACAAGGAGGGGGUGGGGGGGUCAGCGCAAGACAGUCAAAGAUGUUUUACUUUUUUUUUUUGUCUUUUUUGGGUUCCCUUUAACUCGUCAAUCUGACAAGUUACUGGCGCAAAACGAGGGCGAAACUGAGCAAGAAGAGCGAUCACAGAUAAUGAUAACUCCCCGUGGCACCAACAUGUCCUUUUACGCACGAACCCUAUUGCGUAUGUCAUGAUAUGGAGACUGCUAUGUAGCUGGUGGUGAUUGUUCAGUGUCGCCUCCUUUCUUCUCUGUGCACCUUAGACUAAACACACACAAAUAUGAACACAGCAGCGGAUGGAUCCCGCUGAUAGGAAGCGAUGGAGACAUACAUGAAACACAAAGACGCAUUGACAUGUUUGGGACGGUGAAGUGUGCAGACGGUGAAUUAGUGACAAGGGACAAACUUUUCGCCUUCUCCUUUUUUUUCGCACUCGAUCUUGUCUUCACACACUCGUUUCACAUACACACAAAGCUUCUUUCCCUUCACGGUGCGUUCAGGUGCUCUGAAAAGCUCCGUCAUGAUUAAAUUGGACGACUUUGAUAAGAAACUCUACUUACUGUGGUUAGCAUUCGAAAAGACAUAUACUGUAUUUUUUUUGUCGUGGGAAUGUAUAGGGUUGUCACAGAUGUUCAUCACAAGACCAUAGCCUACAUGUGCCAACUCAAAGCACUUCCUCAUAGUUGAACAAGGUUAGUAUAACAGAAAAAGUAAACAAACUGACAUUUUUUAAUGAGAAAUCUCAGGGUAUUUUGCCCUUUCUAUGUUACAGUUAAUUUAAAUAUGUUUGGCUUAUAUCAGGAAAAUGCUCUUGAAGUGUCUUUUUAUAUCAACCACAAUCCAAAAGCUAUGCACCUUUAUGAUGUUUUCAAAAGUCAACACAAUUGAGAUAACUUUUAAAAAGAAUUCCUAAUAAUAACAAUUAUUAAAUUGAUAAAAUUAAGAAAAUCAGAAAAAAAUAUUGAAUGCGUGUUGUGAUACCUAAACUUCUCCUUUAUAAAAACAUAUUGUUACCAGAGGCAUGUACAGAGGUGCACUGGUCCCCUUCAUAUCAAAUUGACCACCCCAGAUGCCACCUGAAAAUCCUGAACUUUGAUGUACCGUUUGAUCCAGAACUGCAUUAGCGGGACUUAUUUCACUCAGCCUAUGUGUCAUUAGACUUGUCAUAGCUUUUGCUGAAUUUUUAAAUGUUGCUUAUCUACUUGUGGUAAUGUCUUCAGUAGUGACUUUAAGAAAUAUAUAAAUAUAUAAAACUCAGACCAUUUAUGCUGCCAAGCCGUCGUGUUUCCCUUAAAACAAAAUCAAACACAUUUAUAAAUUAGCUGUGCUACUCAGGUAUUGCAUGUUGAAGUAGAUGGAUGGCCACCCCUGCCUGUGAUGGGCCACCUUUACCAAAAAGUUUGGACACGCCCCUGAUUGUUCUGAGAAAAUCCCAUCUGAAGCUUGAGGAAACGCCAGGCUCCAUUCAGGGGAAGUCUGUUGAGAAUUUCAACCUUUUGUGAAUAUGUUUAAAAAACACGAAAUCGUAUCAACUCCCCCCUUUCUUUGUAAAUGUCACAAAACAGCGUGAAAACAUUUAUCCAUUCACUGAACCUUCAACCGAAAUCCAUCGUCUGUCCGUUUUUAUUCAAACUCUGAAAUCAAGCCAUUUCCGACUACACCUGAAGGCAGCAGCAGCGAAACGACACGAGACAAGAGCGAGAGACAGUGAGGAGCAAAGAGCGGAGAGAGAGAGAGAGAGAGAGGAACCUGUGCUGUUCUGUAACACAGGGAGACAGGAAUCAGUCAGAGAUAUAUUCCGAUAAAUAUAAUUGUCGGCGGUUUUCUUGCAGAGUUGAACCCCGGGUCGCUGUUGUCAGUCGCUGCACUGGAAGCUUCACUGUGUCUCCUCUUAUCUCUGUGGAUCUGGACUCUUUGCGUUUGCUUUUGGAGAGCUGCACCGGUCCCCCCCUCUUUCUGUGCGACUGUGUGAAGCCCAGCGGUGUUUGAACUGGUAAGGAAGUGACUGUGUAUAAUUUGUUGUGUUUGUUGUUUUGAGGGUGCGUUCGUCGGUAUGACCAUUGCUACUCCUUCUGCUGCUGCUGCUUUAAAGUGCAAUCUUUAGACCAUUACACACUCUUAACCUCAUCUCCCUUAAAGGUGGAGAGACGACUGAUAAAGAAAACGGGUAGCUAAAGUAUAUGCGCUGAUAAGGGUCAUUUUGAGGAAUGUUUGGCUGAUAAGAAGAGAGUGGAACCUUGCAAAAAAAACAGGCAAGAGCGAUUCAAUGACACGUACAGAGAGGACACUACAGUAACAAGCGAGUAGAUUAAGUUUUAACGCCAAUUUAACCGUGAUAUUUCACGCGACAAACUGCUCUACAGCAGCACCAGAGGACCAUAAACUUGUAAGGAGAAGCUGUAGUAUCAAAGUGGUGAUUAUAGCUCUAUCAAAGGUGAUAAAAGUAUCAUAAAAGGUAAAGGUAAGGUCACAGUUAAGGCUAUAAACAUUAAAGAUGUGCUGUUAUAAGUGUAAAAUGGGAUUGUCACAGUGAUCCUCCCUUAGGGCCAACUGGAGUUGUUAUCAGGGGAGAUAGUUAUGUAAAAAGCAGAGUUUGCAGUAGAGAGAGAGAGAAGACAGGAUGUGCGCGUACUCGUAUGCGCACACGCAUAAAAACCUGCUCCAUCCCGUGUUAUUUAUAGUUUAAUGAAAAGAAAUGACAUUGGAAUUAAUGUGGGCGUGGUCUUAUAAGGGUUUGAUGUCUCAAGAAUUUAAAUAAGCACUUUUGUUCACACAGACAAGUUCACACACAUAAAUCACAACAUUCAAACUCCUGUUGUCGCCUGUGUGGGCUACACAGGUGAGAUUUGUUGUUGUGUUUUUCACUUACAGUGUGGCUUUUGUAAACUUGUGUAGUGUUUCUUUCCUUAAUAAUCCUUUAAAAACUCACAGUGUGUACUGUAUCAUCCAGUGUGAGUUUUCUGUAUUUGACAGCAUUUUCCCCCCUCUCCUUAAAUAUUGACUUUCUGCAGUGUGCUGUUUUUCUGUCUUGGUGUUUAAAGAUACAGUAUUUUCUCCUCUGUCAGCACACACACUGAAAGAGAUAGAGAGAGAGAGAGAGAGAGCAGCAAGUAGAGGGGGGAGGGAGGGGACAGGAGGGAGAGAGGCAGAGCGUUGUUUUGCAGACAGGAUUACAUUGUCUCCCCCAUGUCAGAUUUCAGACACCGUGUUAAACAUUUCUUCUUCAGCCCAUAGCUCUCACUCUGUUGUUAACUUUGUGAACACAACUCUGAACAAAAACAACAAGCAAUGAUUUAACCUUUCCAAAUUGACUGGUAGAUAAUAAAUGGUCCUUAAAAACACCACCUGUUCUCCAACCCAUGAAUAGGAGCAGGGAUAAAUGGAUGCAAAGUCAUUGAAGAUGUGGAGAAAUACUUUUCUGAACACUCAAUAUAUUUUGGUAUUCUCGCAGACUUUUAGGUCAUACUUGUUUUUUUUUUAUGUCUGUUUAAGAGAAAGCCACAAAUCUACCUUAGGAUCCUAACGUGGGAGUGUUUUUCUUAUAGUGUUAUGUCAUGCAGUUGCUGAAACUCCCUCAUGUCUGAGAUCACUUGUUGGGCAUUGUUUGCAAAAAAAAAGCAGCAUGAGCUAUGUUUAAAUAUGACACACUGUGAUCUUUUGCUGACUGUUACAAACAAGUUGAUUCAAGUUUGAACCACAUUUGAAAAAUAACACAAAAUGACUUUUUUGUCAAAUGGGCCUUUGGCAGAUGCCCUUUAUUCACGUGUUGAUCCCUCACACAUGACUCGAGUGAAGCUUUUUGUAUUUGAUUGCCCUCCACCAUUGUGCCUCUUUUCAUACACUGAAUAAAUACUGCAUACAUGGGGCUUUUCUCAAUAGAAGUGUUUGUCUUUUGUAAGCAGCCUGUAUGCUUACUUUUCCAUCCCCGUGCUUAUCAUGAUCAAACUUUCAACCCUACCGUGACUCUUUAUCUCUCCCAAAAACUUGACUGUUUUGCAAACCCCCCCCCCCCCCCCCCCCCCAUUACCUCCCCCAUUUUUUCCUAUAUCUGUGGGAGUAAAAUUAGCAAUUUCAUUUUUCUGUCUUCUGCAUUCAGAAUGUGGAAGUGUUUUAUUGGUGUGCUGAAAAACAAUGAGGACAAGGCAGGGCUUUGUGGUGGCAGAAAUGCAUUUUUAACCCAUGUGAAUGAAUGGCGCCUCACAUUCCACAGCAGCAGGCCCUUUACUGAAUGGCAGCACUAACUCGGCUGUUUUCAUUACUCAUUACUGCCUUGUGCCUUUUCACCAUGGACAUAGUCAUUUACCUUUACCAACUCAGGGGGGGUUCAACAUCAAAUAAGAGCCUGACACAGAUUGUCGAGCAGCAUGUCUUAGUUUAGGGGCAAACCUUUAAAACAAAAAAAAAGAAAAACUUUUUUACUGAUUGAUAAAUAAGAUUUUAGCCAAUUCUGGUCCAUCACCAACUCAUCACCAAAUAUCAAAGCUAGUAUUGUGGAAACAUGUGUAUCAUAUAUAGACACAACGAUUAUGUGUAUACAAAGAUGUUGCUUAAAGAUACAGUAAGUAGUAUUUUGUGGCCUUUAGCAAGCAGACUUGACGUUGAAUAUGUUAUAUUCAUGAGUAUGUUAAAAUGUAUGUUGUUUAGUUAGCUUUGAACAAGGCUUUUAUAUCUACAAAGGAGCAGGUCCCCUUCUAUGGAGGCUGCCAUCCUAUAUUACCAUCUUAUUGUCGUUGUAAUGUAAUGCAGAACAGACAAACUAUGUGUUUUUGUACUUAGUGAGAGGCUGUGCAAGUUGCACUGGUUGGAGGAAAAAGAAGAUUGAAAUAGACAGACUUGUUUGCAAAAGGAUUUAUAUUUGUCAAAGUAUUUGAUGGUAAUGAUUUGACAAAUGGAGGUUCACAGUUUACUCAUCAUUUAUCAAAGGAGCUUAUUGUCCUCACAGGCCACCAUUCCUUCACUGACAUGAGAAGUGAGCAGGGGAGCAUUUCAAACUAGAACCUGACCUCCAGCUUUCACUUUUCUUAUUUCUACACUGUACCUUUAAGGUGAUGAAGGUGACAUCACUUAGCUGUGUAUUUAUUUUAACGUUUGUACAGGCUAGUUAUUUCGCUAGUUAUUUUUACAACCCGAAGUUCAAAUUUUCUUAUAUAUUUACAUCAAAUAUUUUCAUUGUGCACCCCUAGGAUGCCAAAACUGAGCUUUUGUGUUUAAAAAGUAAACUAGUUUAUGAUAAUGAAUGACACAGUUAUCCCUGUGUUUGCCUUGAUUUAAGACAUUUUAAUACCUAACUAUUGUAUACUUUCAUGAUUAUGAUGUGUGUCUCUCUGCUAGUAUCACUUUGAGUUACUCUUUCUGGAAAUAAAACGUGGGUUGGAUGUCUAGAUGCCCCUUUCUUGCAAUGAAAAGUAGUUUUCCUUUCCUUUUUAAUUUGAUACUGGUGAGUAUUAGCAUGGUUCAAGGUCUUUGUGGGUGGUUUUCCGGCACCUUGUGGAAUUCAUGUCUGGAAGAUUUCCAGAACAAGCUAGCUUUGUUUUACAUGUUCAUGCUUCUGUCAUAGAUUGAUCCCAUUCAGUGCUUUUUAGAGUUUAAUUGCUACUCUGCUUAGACUCUACUUUUUCAUCUCUGUCCAAGCUGCUCCUGUUAAAACUGUGUGGCUUUGAACCAGAGUGAAUAUAGGAAAAAGUAAAGACAUCAAGUCACAAGACCGACAUGUUUUCCUACCGAGCUGAUGCCUUAUGCGUCCUGUUCCUUCUCUCAUCUCUUCCUUGUUAUGCUUUAGAUUGUAUCAGCCUUUUCUACAUGAAAGCAAAGAUGUAUCCGCCUUCACUCGCUUAAAUAACUUUCUGUGGCAUAUUGAGGUUGGAUUAUGGGGAGAGACAGUAAACAAGUGCAGACCCGUUUAGCUGCUGUUCAUCUUUUUGAGGGUUAGAAUAAAAAAAGGAUAUUGUACCAAAAAAAGUGUCAUUCUUUCUACUGGUGGUCCAGACAGUCCUAUCAUUUUAAUAUGAGGUCUGGUGUUUGUUCUGUGGUGACGGCAUUGAUUCCCUGCUGCAUGGUGGGGGUUUCCACUCUGAAAGGGCAAUCUCUCUGUGUUAGCCUAGAAACACCAAGCUCCUGGAUUAAAUUAUAAAUGAGCCCUCCAUGGGAAACAUAGCACUUACUCAGAGGGAAUUUACAUUUCCUGCUACUGUCAUCCUACACAUUUCCAGUCUAUUAAUACUAAAACAGUCUGGGUUGCAAAUUUUCUUGAAACUUUGGUGACAGGUGGGUAGUUAAUCCCUUUAUUUGGGUGGCACCUGCAUCAGUCAAACCCAUACGGAUCAAUAGAGUCUCUGCUGCUAAGCCUGGCAGCUCUGUCCGGGCAGUACAGAGUGAAGCCUGAUGGCUGUUUUAAUGAGGGCUGAAGAAAAUGAUGUAGUAAUGGGAGGAUUAAGAUAGGAGAGGGGUUAGAGUUGGUAGGGGGUAGGGGAGAUGCUGGUGGGGGGAUUUAGGCAAGGGGCAGCCUUUGCCUACUUUAGUGAGACAUAGGGAAUAAAUGUGGUAGAGAUCAACUGUUGCACAUACUGAUAUAUAUAUAUAUAUAUGUAUAUAUAUAUAUAUAUCAAUUAAAAGAUGAUAUUUCGAUCUGUGAUUUUAUUUAAUUGACUUUACUUAUAUGACAGAUGAUUUUUCUUUCACCAUAAAGUUCACUAUUGAUGUUGUGGAAACCCCCUAAACAGACAAAGAGUCAUCAUGGGACUUCAGAAUUUCCCAUGUGUAUUUCCAGGCUUUUUCGUUAACCUGAGGGGAUAGGAAAUCUAGAAAAACAACACAAAAUCAUGACAAAGAAGUGUGGAAAUACCUAAGACAGUUUGAUUACACUCUGUGGCCCAUGGGGAAGCAUGUGGUGAAGAGACUGAAUUCAGGAAUGGAGGAAAAUAAUAUUUUUUUAAAGUAGAAAAACAGUAUCCAUAUUAAUGUUUCUGUAAUUUUGUAAUGUUACAACAUGACAUUUCUAUUUUUUUUGUAUUAGGUUACUAUAAAAAAAUCAGUUUUAUGCACAUAGAUUCUGUCAACCUGCAAAGUACAGGAAUAAGAACAUUAAACCACGCCAAACACCUGCAGCUAUUUUUUUGUUCACCACAUAAGUUUGAUUAUGAAGUAUGAUCACCACAUUUGACACAACUAUUUCCUGUUGGUAGCUUGAAACAGCCAUUUGGAAUGAUUUAAAAGUCUGAAAUAAGACAUAAUGUUGAUCAUGUCCUGUACAUGCAUAUGAAAUGUUUUCUACACAGAGACCUCAUAUUUGUUUCCUUUUCAGAGUCAGUCUGGGAGCUUUGCCAAAGGAAAACAUAAAAACAGGCUUUGUUAGAGCUGUGCUGUUGAUCACAUCAUCUGAUACCUACCCUCUGGCAACAUUUAUAAUAAUUUAAAUCACUUAAAGCUCCUGGGAGAAGUUUUUUUUUUCUUGACAUUUCAAAAGUUCAUUUUCAUGCCUCUCCUUGAUAUCCAAAAGCAAGCUGGAACAGCAGCGACAAGAUUGGUGAAUUUGUUAAAUGUAAUUUUUAAUGCCUGAAACUGGGGUGAGGGGUAAGUGUCAGCUGAGUAGCUUCAUAAAACAGCCCUGUUUUUACAAUUUCAACAGAAGAUAUUCACAAAAUAUGACACAAUUGAUAUAUAAGAGUCAGCAGGGUGAGAUUUUUUUUAAUCACAAGUUACUACUUAAGUGUAUUGAGGACAAGUUGCGCAAAGCUUGUUUUGUCCACAGGCGGGUGCCAAAAUUGACCCAAACCACAAGUUCCUCAUGACCUUUAAUAGAGAUAUUUAAACUUUGACCUGCUGGUUUAUGUGCUUUUAAAGCCAUAAAGAGGCACCAGUAGCCUAUCAGUUAAGUCCAUUUUGGAAAAAGUUAGAAACACCUCACAGGAGCUUUAAUCUUUCUAAAAAAAAAAAAGAAAAAGUCAUUUAAUAUGGACUCCAGUGCAGUUUCUUUGGCUUUUGAAUGCAACCUCAAGCUGACACUCAAGGUACUGCAGGUUUUUUGCACUUCUGCAUUGGCUAAUCUUUUUUCUAACACUUAAGUCAAAUGAGACAAUGGAGGUUAAAAGUUUCACUUUCUCUAUACGUCAAUCAUAAUUAAGAAAUCACUCCGAGAGUUUGGUAUAUUUUAGCAUGUAAGUGACAAGAGGGCAUAAUUAGUCCCUGUACUGUGAUGCUGGCGCAGAGCUCAAGUAGUUGGCAAGUAGUUGUUUUGCUUUAGUGCUGACUACAGUAAGUAAAAGAAGACAAGCCUUUAUACUUGGUUAAUGCGACAAGUGGUUGAAUGACGUCAAGAUGCUAAUUUAACCAUUGUGUUUCCCCUGACAAAGAUAAACAGGUCAAAAUGUAACAUUAAAAAAAACAACUCUCCUAGCGUCCAGUAAGUGUUCGGACUUAUCUUCUUUUAUCUGCAGAUGUUUAUGAAUCCUCUAAUUUUAGAUAAACUUAAUAGAAAAUAUUCCACCCUCUGGGAAAUUUAACUCAAGCUAGCACACUUGUAGUUUAUAACGUAAACAUCAUCGUAAUUUAAAGACAAACAGAAAUCAAAAUGCUGGCAUGAAGUUUUCUGAAUGCUUGAAAACAAUUCAAGUGUGUUAUGAUGACCCUCCUGUUUGUGUCGUUUUUCUUGCUUUUCUGCAUUUCACAUAUUUAAACCUGUAGCUGUUAGACCACUAUUUCACUCUAAAUCAAAAACCUUGAAGACUACUUCUUUACUGCUGCUACUUCCUCUACUAGUACUACUACAGCUAUAGAUGUAUUAAUGAUUUCAUUAUCUGUGUAAAGGCUGAAACCCUGAAUCAAACCAGCGGUGCAUCACGGUGAGUGGCUGAUAAUCUGAUAAUCAGGGUUCAGUAUCACCUCCAUUUACCAGUGCAUCUCUGUGUGUAUUAACUAAGGAGGCUCGCUGCAGUGUGGGGUUUUUACACAAAGAGAAAUCACUCCUCAGUUCUAAUGAUUCAAAGCUAAAUUUCUACCUUAUAAGUCGUAUUAUCCGUCACCGUCACUCAUGUCGAUUUCCCAUCUUACACAUUAUUGAUGAUCUAAUGAAAUAACAAUCACUGACACACCGUGCUGAGCCGAGCGUGCUGGAUUCAUUAGCUGUGCUUAUCAGCUUUGGCUGACAUAGUGAUCAUAGUUAAUAGAUUUCUGCCUGCGUCUAUGAACUGACGGCUGGCAUUGUUGCUGUGAUUGCUGCGGGAUUAAAGAAGAGAAAUAAGCUUAGCUGGGAGAAAUAGCCCAGAGGACCACGUGGCUGUGAUCAGGGAUUGAGAGGGAGAGAGCUGCCGAGGAAGGGAACAGCACUCUUUGUCAGAUGUCAAUGUAGGAGACUACCAUUAUUGAUCUAUUGCAUUACAUACAAACAAGCACAUCGUCUGUGCACGCCAGGUAUGAAGGUUUAGGCAGUAACUCCUUUAUUAGAUAUGAAAAAGUGGGAAUUAGACUGAUCCAAAACACAUGUAUGAUAACUAUCAGCCAAUAAAAUAAUACCUAAUGAUGUCUUUCGCAAUGCCUCACUUCCUGUUGUUGGCUGAUCAUUUUUCAAACAGGUUUUUUUCUCACCUUUUUAUUCUUCCCACCCUUUGUAUCUGAUCUGUUAAUCUCUCUGUAAGACUGUUGCCUUCCUAAUGGCCUCCUCCAUAUUUGAUGGGCCACACAAACUCUGCUUUGCAGGGGUGAUGGCUGGGCUCGGUAGGGAGGGGACAUGGCACCCAAACUUAAUCCAAACUCACAGCAGCCCAGAGGGCAUUAAGAGGUGGGUGGGGGUUGGGUGAACUGUUUCCUAAGCAGAGAGAGAGAGAGAGAGAGGCUCCUUUUUAGCAUUCACCACUCGGCUCCAGUUCAUAAACACACUCCAAAUGGGAAUGAAAAAGUCUAGAGAAAGUCAUGCAGGUAAUCUUUGAUUAACUGAGGCUCUUUUAUGGUUUUCUUGCAAAAAAUGAACUUUGAACACAGGAAGCUGUUCCCUUUUUUUUGCUACUGUUUUGGAGUAAGUGAAAGAGUGUUCAGGAUAGGUGUCACUCAAAAGAGCUCAAGCUACAUAAACAGAAUAUCCCAAGCUUUGUUUGCUUAGAGAUUCCUGGAAAGUUGGAUGAAGGACUUCCCCUCAAAAAUGAGAAUCGCGGCCUUUAGUUGGAAACUUAAAAAGACAAUUUGUAGGAUAGUACUUUGAGAUUGUUUGCAAAUACUUGCAACCUUUCAUUUAGUCUUUGGUUUCACUUUGAUGCAAAUAUGUAUCUGCUACCUACUCCACCCUUUUACACAAACACGCACACACUCACAUUGUCUUAUCUCCCCAAAGGAACUGCCAUUGUUACUCAGUUGAGUAUGAAAACAACUUCAUACGAAACCAUCCUCUCCCUCUGAUUACUCGCCUCUAACCCCCUGAGCUGCCCCCACAUUUACUACAUCUAUUACGAUCCGAAAGUCCCUCAAUUCUCUUUGCAGACAGAAUUGGACAGAGUAGAUGUAGUUAGUGCAGACUGAAGAGUAGUGAUGUUGCAUGUCCGACCAACUCAGGGAAACAAGCUGGAAAUGUCUCCAGGCUACUGCAGCUAAUCAUUCAGCACACAGAGGAACUGAUCGUUAGCCGCUGAUGUCAGCCUAACCUUGUCGGGAUGGGAUCUAGUGUGUGUUUGUGUGUGUGUGUGUGUGAAUGGAAUGGGGGUGGGGGUAUGCAUAGAUGGAAGUUUGGACUCCAUCCUGUCAGAAAUGUUUGUUUUUCUGAUUAUAGAGGCAAAAAGGAAAAGACAGAAUUCUUUAGCUCAAUUAUAGGAUCCUAUCAUGGAGGUAAAAGUUUGUUCUUUUAAAUGAGCGGGACUUUUGUGCAGCGCUGUUAUUGACGUGCCUGCAUGUCACUAUUGUCAUGUCCUUUUGCUGCAGGAAAAGAAAAGAAAUCCUGCUGUGGUAGAGCAGAGCCACUCAUAUGGAAAUAAAGAGGGCAGUUUGACUUCACAUUUACAGCUAAAAAAAAAACAAUUUGAGAACAUAAAAAAAACAAGAAUGACUAAUACUAAGUGACCGUUUUUGGUGUGCAGAAGCUUUGUCGUCAUCCAAAUGAGGGAAGUUUGGAUAGUUAUAGUUUUGAUCCGCUUUUCUCUUUAUUGUAAUUCUUUGUGUUCUCCUUUGCGCUCUCAAGGGAGUGAACAGGCAUUAGGAGACGUAGUUUUAGGAGCUCCUGCAGGGUCAAGCAGGUUUAGGGUCACAGAGGACAGAGGUGGAGGGGGCGGAGGAGGAGGGUCCCUCAUGGGCUAAUGGGUUUAACCCGAACCCACAUGUGGAUUAGAGUUACAGUUUAACGCCGAGAAUGAAAGCAAGAUGAAUGCAGAUUGGACAUAAGCAGGUUUCAAGACACUUACAUGCAAAUGUGUUCAUCUCUUUUCUGAGAGGAAGGACAAAAAUGAGUGGUUUCUAUUCAUUUUGCAGUCCUCUGUCUUUCUUUAUGUGUGUAACAUAUGUAAGAAGAAAAUGACAGACAGCCUGGAUUUAAAUAGCAGAAAUUGUCACGCCUCGGUAACUUAAAUGUUAGACUGUCAGUACCGCACAUGACAUUACGCUAUGGAGCAACAUCCUUGUUUUUUGUGCUUUGUUCGUGUUGUCAAAUGAUAUCAUACAGAUUAUGUUUGCUGUCACCUAAAGGCCUUCUGUUUGACAAGAUGGGAGAAUUAAAUACCCUUAGCAAUAAAGUUCUCAGUUUUACAGUCUUAUUUUUAGGAGUGAGGUUGGAGUGAUGUCCAGGCUUUUUGGACUAGGGUGUCCAAUUUGGGCAUACAUACAUAUCCAAAGAAAUGGCAUGCAUUAAACCUCUCUGUCUUGAAAAGCAUUCUAAGUAUUCUUUGUGAUUGAUCUUGAGAAAUGUUAUCAAUCAAUUCUCGAUUACUUCAAACUUAGAGAAUAAGGAGGCACCAGUGUUGCUGGUGUGUAGGGAUACAGGUGUGUAAAUUCCUUCCUCUGAACGAUACUUCCAGAGAUUUAUAAUAUAUCCUCGACAUUCAUAUUCCUGUUGUUGGUGAUACUUUCAGUCCUCUAAAGGUUAUAGAGUUGAUAUGUUUCCAAUAUUGGUAUGCUGGCAUCGGUAUCAGCGAGUACUGGAUUACAGGCACCAAUCCGAUACCAUGUAAUUUAUUAAAUUAGUAAUUUACUCACUGGUUAGCUCCAUUAGGUCUGUUCUGUUUAAAUUCUGUUUUAUUUUAAAAAUUGGGGCUGCACUAUAUUUUUUCUUAAAAACAAUUAUUCCUAGAUUUAUUUCCAGAUUCUGUAAUCUGUAUCGGGAGGUAUCAGAAUAUCUCUAAACGGUUGUGUUUGUAGUUUCAGACUUCACAUUUUUAUUAAAUGUGAAAUUGUUGUAUGUUUCUUCACAAAUAUUCUUGAUUCAGUGAUCAUUCAUUUUCACUAUUGUGUGAAUCCAUAGGUUAGAUUGAAUUAGUCAUAUUAUAAUGCAUAAUUUAAUCCAAGUGACCUUAACUGCAGAUUUUCACUUCUUUGGCUGGUGUGAUGGUUAAACAAACAUGAAAGACUUAUGCAGGACAGUCAUCAUGCAAAUCGAGCUUAUUUGAAUUUGAAUUGAUGUGGUGUGAAAUGCCUCUGAAGUUUAAAAUGUAGAAACCAUUGUUGAUGGUUGUACUGGUGCCAGGGUCUUUCCAGGGAACAAAAUAGAACAUAAAAACACAUCACAUCUCUGUGUUUAAUCACUAAUCUAAAACUUUCUGUUUAAACACAAUUAGAGUUGAACUCUUGUGAAUCUCUUGUUAGCGAUUAAAAUGGUCACAUGUUUUUAUACACUGUGGAAAUCACACUUAAAGUGGAAGUACCUGCAUUUAAAGGUAAAUAUGGCUGUUGUGAUGAAUUAUUGUGUCCAUUUUAUUUAACCAGCAAUAAGUAAAACCACCAGAUUUUUUUUCCCUCCUCUGGAUGUUUUCUCCCACAUUGUGAUUCCUGAGCUGCUGUUUGCCUCCUACCUCAGUCCCAGCUGCCUUUCUCUCUCUCCCUCUCUGUGUUUGUCUGUCUGUUGCUCGGGGGCCUUGCAGUCAACUACACAGAGAAGAAGAGACCAAAGACAGGGAGCUUUUUACUACCCCCCACCACAACACACACAACCCCACUGCCCCACAUCUACCAGCAGCAGCAGCAGCAGCAGAAGCAGAAGCACCUUUUUCCACUGGCUCUUGAUGUUGUGUAAAGAAUCCCUGGCUCACUCACACCCUCCCUCUGGCUCUACCUCUGGCCCCAGCGCCCUGUUCCCACAUUGUAUCCAGAUGUGAGGAGGGUAGUUGAAGGGGGAAAGACAUGGGGCCCCCCUGGUAUUGCCCUCCUCUACCCCAGCCCCAAACUUAGAGCAUCCCAUCACUGCAGGUUUUCCAAUAUGAUCAGCUUAAAACUAGACUAAAUGGGUUUGACCUGAGGAAUAGAUACCCCGCUUUGACUCAUCCCUAUUUUUUUUAUCUUUGUCUCUGGAAAGUCCAUAAAAUUUCAAGAUGACUCAAAGUCAAUUUCAUCUUUCAUUAUUCAGUCAGGGUAACUCACAGAGUAGUUUGGCGCUAUUUGCAGAUAAAAAGGCUCCUCAUGAUAUUGACCCUCAUUUCAGCACUAUUCAGCCUCUGCCUGAAACACGUCUAUUUGGCUGCUUUUUAGUGGUCUCAAGUCAAACUGGGUUUGUGGGUGUUACUUUUAACACAGUUUUGUAGCCACAAAAUGACCCGAAAAUUACGCCUUUAUAUUAAAAAUAAUAAUAAUAGAAUCCUAGGCUAGUCAUUAGUGCCCACUUACCUCCUACUUUACCACUGUUAGCAUAUACUCACCUGUGUUAAAUUGACUGCUGUUAUUAUGUUGCAGCAUAAUGAGGGUUCUCCUUUAAACAUGCACAAAUGUCUCUUCACAUCUUCCUGAAACUGCUGUUUUAUCCAACCAGCUACAUCUGUUAUUCUUCCUCAAACUAAAACCUUGAAAACCUGCUGCUCUCCAGGCUGACUGGCUGUGAUCAUCUAAUCCCUGGUCGUAGACCUCUAUUUAAAGAGCAUAGCUGCUAAUCCCUCUAGAUUAUACCUGACCAACUCCACAAAAUCACCCAAUUAAUAGUCUUAGAAAAGGCCACAAAAUCCUGGCAUCCCUAAAAAAACAAACCCUGAUAAAUCAGGGAGAAAAAUCUGACCCAUUUAUGGAGUCCUAAUCUAAGGCUAAAUCUCAAACAGAGAGGCAGGUGGGGCACAGAGUAAUCCCUGACAGGAGGAACAUAUCUGUUUUGUAUGUGUUCCUUUAGAUUCCAAUGUAAGUGUAUCCACCACCCUUAAAUGACAUUUUAUGGGUGUAAUGUGGUUAUCAAAGGUUGUAUCUUCUGGUGUAUGUGCCCUGAAAUGACUCCUUGGAAGUGCAAACUGGUUUUCACAGUAAGGUUUGAGCCAGGCCCACAAGCAGCUGGUGGUCUUAAAUUGAAAUACCUGGAUUGCAGGCACCACAGGCAUCUUUGUCCCAGUUAGAUCUGAUACAUACUUGGAUGUAUCGGGAGUUUUUGAAGGCUUGUGCUGCCAACACUUUAACAGAAGCGGCAGAGCAUUGGUGCCAAAUUUCUGUAUUUUUAAAACUGCAGAUUUUUUUUUUCAUCAUAAAACCUUUAGAGGGGAUCCAAACAGUCAGAGUAGAAAAGCUCCCGAAACAGCAGUAAAUACAGCACAAGCUGUACAGCUGAUUGAAAUGGAGUCAGCAGCCCAUUGAAUGCAGUAUUUAUUAAUUGUGAAACAAAGUUCAACUCAAUUCAGAAGCAUGCUGUCAGCAGCAUCAAACACAUUACAGUAAUGCAUGUUUUGGGAACUGUAUGAUGCAAGCUUAGCUUAUAGUUGCUGAUGCUUGUGAGACAGUAUUUACAGUGGAGCUCCUUUUGAUCAGUCUAAAGUAUUUCACCUGCAACCAUGUCAGCCUUCAGCACGUUACACUGUAGUUUAUGACAGAGUAGCUCCUUUUCAGUUUAUGUUCACAUCACUAUUUAAUUUGCUUAUCUAAGAUUUAAACAAAUGUAUGCAAGUUAACUCUCUCCUCAUGUGUGUGUGUCGCUGGGCAUGAGCUGUCUCCAUUUUUAGUAACCCAUCCUGCAGUCUUUGAGUCAGACCCCGGUGCAGUGUGUUGUGUAAAGCUGUCCACUGGUGCGAUGUGGAGAGAAUGACAGUGUGCGUAAUCCUCAGUCACUUAUUUCUUGUGUAACAGGCCUACAUGUUUGGAGCGUUGGCCAACUGGCUGCUUGGCUGGCUUAAUGGCUGUUUUGCUGCCUGGUUGAUGCAGGUAACUCCCGAUGGAAGCGUCUGAUCUCUCUAGGGAGAGCUGCACAAACAUGACUGCUUGAUGCAACAUUUGCCUCCUCCUGUACUACCCCUGGUUUCUCCUCUUAGUUAGCAGUUCAGAUUUACUUCAGACUUUCUUACCCUCACAAUGAUGCUCAUAUUACAGCUAAUCUCAAAAUAAGAACAUCAGUUUUACACUUUAUGAAUGCUACGUAUCCAGUUUUCACAAAUUCAUAAGCACAUUACUCACUACUGUUUCUGUCAGGGUAUAAAUAUGCCAAAACUGCCUUUCCAUUAAGGCACAUCCAUCUUUGUUGCUGAAAUCUCUGUGCUUAAGACUCUACAGCUCGUCCUUAAGAAUAAGACAGCUGAUUUAUCGUUGUUGUCAAACAGUAAGGUGUGUAACACUGAGCAGCUGACACUUGGUGAUAGGUUAUUAAAACAACAGUGUAUCUCAUCCUCGAAUAAUUAAUGGUCUAACUCUAAAGUUUUAUUGAUGAUGAAGUGUUUGAAGCCAGGAAAUAAUUAUGUUGACUUCCAAGAUCCAUAUUGAUGCUUUGAGCUGGAUGCUAACAGUAGUCUGCCAGGAUGCUUAGUUGUAAUAUAACUGUCCUUAGUGUUGCAACCUUUGGUGCUGAAAAGUGAAACCUGUGCUGAUGUACAGAAGAAUUCAGGUCCUGGAGUGUCCUCUUGAGGGCGGCUGAAAAAGACACACGAUUCCCCAGAGGGUUUCAUGUUGAAAUUCUUGGUUUUUAACUGUGGAAUGACUCAUUUUUACAGAUUGAUUAAAAAAAUUAAGUUUACUCAUUUAUUUGAGCAGAGGAGGUUAUAUUUUAUGGAAUAAAUCCGUGCAGAUACUGCAGAGAGUAAAAGUUAUACACAUUAGGCGUUUGGUCACAUCAUAUUGUGCUGUUAAGCCUUUCAUACAUGUUUUUUUAACCUGCCUCUGUUUACUUAUUACUGAGCCUGGGAGGUGACAUGAACUUUUAUUUUCAAUUCGCAAAUAUCUUGCACUUGCAUUUUAUCAUAUCACGGGCGCAAUUUAGUAUCUUGUACAUGUGUUUUAUUUGUAUUUUUCAAGUGCAUUUUGUAAAUAAUUCUCUCAUUUGUGAGAGAAGAAGGACAGUGUCAUGGACAGAGAGCAUAUUAUCAACAUUAUCUUUCAUUUAGGUAUGACUCACGAAAAUAUACUUUACAACUUAUCCACAUUAGGAUCCUUAAAGCACAGCAACUUUGACAUUGGCGAUAUUCAGACUUGCAGGAAGUGAUUUUGUUUAUUAAGGAACAGUUAAUAAAUCGCACGUGCGAAUAAAAAACAAAAGUUAAUGUCACCUCCCGGGCUCCUCACCUUAACUUAUCACAGUACCAUCAGAGUCUUGUCAUUUAGUGUCACUCUGUAGUUUUUCUUCAGUCGAACCAUAACUGAGCAGUCUGCUGUAUCUCGUCGCAGGAGUUGUAUUUUCUCGUGUGUGUCAGAUUCUUGUCAGACUUGUAAUGUAAUAAGAUGACUCACUGGUGUUCAGCAUCAUGCUGUUGGUGCUCAAGAAGUCAGUUAUUCAUCAUAUCAGGUGGAAAACUUUAUAAACAAAAACAAUUACAUCAUGUCUGUGAUUUGCUGCUGUGUCUAAAGUGUAUUCAGGAAGGACUUAAAUGAAGUCUGGCCUGUACAUAGAGUAUAUACAGUAUGUGAAAGAGUUACGCAAACACAUCGCAACUGAAGAAACUCAAAAGUUUCCCUCUGAUGAGAGUUUGUUUCUCUCAAUAUUCGGUGAAGACAGUGGAGCCCAUUACCAGGUGGGGUGUCGGUCUGCAUUUUCUACCAGUUAUAAUCCUGCUUGCUUCCAGAUGCUGCUCUGGUAUAUUCACUGCUGUGUAAACAUGGCUACUGGUGCAGAUCAGGUUAUGCUAGAGUUUAUUGCAAACAGCCGUGUUCAGGAAUGCUACUUGUUUGUCGACAAGAUGCUGCGACCUGGUUUUCUUAGAGCCACCUGCGUCAGGAGCGCAAAUAAUCCAGGAGAGUGGCUGAUUUAUACACAAAAGGAUUUUCUUUUACUUCAUACGAAAUAUUUAUGUUUACCAAUUUGUUAAUGACUUCUCUGCACAUUAUAGAUUUAAUUCUAGUCUUCUUUUCAAGAUAUUUCAACUCUGGUCAUUAUCAUCUGUAUUCCUCCAUGAGAUGUUGUUUUUUCUGUCAAACCUCUGGAAACAGCUGCUUUCAAAUUUGAUCACUGACAGAAUUAGGGGUUUUUCUCUUUUCCAGCUCCUCGGUGGGACUGUUCCCUUGUUUUUUAACUCUUUAAACUAAAACAUCUGUCAAAACAGCAGAAAAAGUCAUUUCGACUUUCUCAGGGACUCAUCGGUCUCCACUCUUGAGUAAACACACCUACACACAAACCUGAUGAGCUCACGCACACACGCUUUGCAUACUGUGGCACACACACCUUCAUUUGCACUGCUUAGUGAGGGUUGAUUGGGAAGUUGUGGGAGGUUAGAGUGUAACUACACUACCGCGUUUUCUGUUGGAUGAGUGAUGACUGAGUGGAUACUGGCCAGCUUCCUGUGCUGUGGUGGAGCUGCAAAGAUUAUCUGUGAAAAAAGAGCCACAUAUUGACCGUUUGAGUAGCUGUGGAGGAGAAUUUGAGUGAGGCAAUGCUGAUUAUAAAAAUACACAUUUGCUUUUUAUCCCCACUGUGGUAAUAAACAGUCCAGAUUCCUAAAAAGUCAGAGUCCUCCUGUGUGAUGGACACAUUCUGCAGUGAGCAGCCCACAGCCUGCAUUUCUCUCUCUCUCUCUUUCUUGCCCUCUCUCUCUCUCUCACACACACACCCCUCUCUGUCUUCCUCUCUGUCAGCUCUUGUUAUCCCAAUCUAUCUCCUACCGUGACUUUACAUCACUAUUUACCACUUAUCCUCCCUCUGCUGCCCUCCCUCUCAUUAUUUGCUCUGCCUUUUCUACUCUCCUUGACAUGCAUCUCUCUCUCUCUCUCGUCAGACACUGCCUUGUUUUCCUCACUAUUAGUUUAGAGGUUUUCCACCGGGUGGGUUAACAAGCUGGCAUGAUUUCAUCAAUGUGAAUCAGUCAGCCUGAUAAGACGUGACCCAGAUGGGAUCUCUGGUCCUUUUUUAUACAGCCAUCCAUCAAAACAGCGCUGCCAUAUAAGCGCUCUCUCACCGUGAUGCCUGUCACCCUGCAGAUGAAAGAAAUGUGUCAUAUAGUCUCAGUGUUGCUCCUGGAAAAACUCUCUGUCCUGUAUUACAGGCUGACAGCAUUUGUCAUUCUCAUCUCUGGUUUGUGUGGUGUGUGUGGGGCUUCUUUUAAUGUUGGCUAUGAAAUCCUGGGCAGAUACUCAGGACACACUCAGGCACAUAAAACCCAAAACACUUGAGGAAAUAUUCAGAUGAUCUUUAAAGAUUAAUGGUAAUCCUAUUGAAUGAAUUUAAUUUUGAGUCGCAUGCUGUUCAUAUUCCACAAUAAUCCUACAGGGGAUGUUAGCAUGCUUGCAGGACAUGAAAGUAACAGUGGUCAAAUAUGUCUGUGCACCUUAAGUCCUUGAAACAAGUUUUAAAAAAUCAGUGCUUUUGCCACAUCUGCAAACACUGCCUGUUGUCAAAGCUUAGCAUGAGGACUGGAAAGAGGGUCAGCAGUUAGCCUGUAAGCUAACUCCUUGCACCUGCCAAACUUUUAAAUAUUUUGCAACGUGUGAUAUCUCAUUUCUUUUGUGUAAGCUAGGUAGCUAGCUGUGAGCCAGGUAGGCUUUGGUCUUUUAUUUCUUUCUUUACUUGUUUCGCUAGUGAAAGAUGUUUGUUUACGUUUGCUUUGUCAAACAACUUAGAUGGAGAAGAUGUGACUUCUACUACUUCUAUAUUGUUACUGUUUGGGCUUGAAAAGCAUUAUAGACACGGUUUUAUGGUGUUUUUAGGCAGAGAGCGCAGCUUUGUUUUAAACGUUGUUCAGAUCAAGCUGACUGCAAUACUGUAUGUUGUCCCAGUUAAACAACUCAUUUACAUUUUAGCGAAAAACUAGCGAGCAUUGGAGACAUGCCAGUUUAGCUUGGACUCAAUUUUUAACCCUGUAUGUUACCAGUUCUACAAAGUUUUUGGUAUUUCUGUUCAGUCUGAUUUUUGUUCUGAUUUUCAAUUUUUUUGAAAUUUGAACAUGGACUUUAUGGUGCUUGAAUGUUAGGUCAGUGUGUCUCAAAUGGAAAGAAAGAAUGGAAAGAACAUUUGAUUCUGAAGGCUCUUAUUUUACCACGAGUGACUAACCAGCAGUGGUUUUUAUCAUAAAAGAAUCGAACUGGCACAUUUAUCGCGGCUGCAUUGAACUACUAUAAUGAAAAUAAUUCACAUUUUGUCAAGUGUGGUAUUCAGUGAAGGUUCUAAAUAGCUACAGUGGUAAUUAUUUUGUUCCAUGGUGGCUUUAUUUCUGGGGUAUGGCAAUGAGUCGCCUAUAGUGUGACAAUGAUAAUCAUUAUUUCUACACUUUCUUAGUGUUACCCAAAGGUGAUUCAUGGUGAGUAAGACGCCUUUUAAUUGUCAGUGGAAUUACAUCUUUCUUACAUAUGCACUCUUACAGAAAGGAUUCAGUACAGAGCAGUCUGCACAGUAACACUUUCAAGGGGAAAAUUCGGAUUUUACCCUCAGGUAACUUUCUGUGGAGUUUUGCUUCUUCAUAAUGUUUGUGUUUUCUUUUUUUUUUUACUCUCUGUUUUUUGGUCUAUCGUGUGUGUUUGUACUUUAGAGCAGUUUGUGAACCACCUCACACAACAACAACUGCCUGUCGUAGCCCACACACUUUCUCUGUAGUAGAGCCAUCAGGAGAUUUCUGUGGAAACCCUCCCAUCCUGCCUGCCAGCUUGGUGUGUGUGUGUGUGUGUGUGUGUGUGUGUGUGUGUGUGUGUGUGUGUGUGUGUGUGUGUGUGUGUGUGUGUUGGCGGUAAGGCAGAGUCAAAAGCAGAUCUGUUGCCCUGUUAUGUUCACAUAUCUCCCCUUGACAGCUCUUACAGGAUGUGUUCAGCAGAUUUUGCCUCGAGGUGAAGACAGGUUCGAAAAUAAGGUCCACAGUAGGCAAAAUAUAUAAAAAAACAACAUUCAACUAAGUAAAUGAGAAGAGGAACAGAUAUUCUGAAUGUGCAUCUCCUAAAACUACUAAACGCUUGAGAGUUGUUCAUUUCAACUAGAAAUAAUUAUAAAAUCUAAAUUAUUUUAGCUUCCCAGUAAAUGAGGAGCACUUUUUUAAGACUGCGCUUGUUUGGAAGUUGCUUGGCAGUUUCUCUCAUGCUUUUGGGGUUUUUUACAUCUUGAUAUUGGUAUUUUCAUGUAGCAUUGACCUGAAAUUUUGCACACCAGCCCUCUUGUAAAACUUCCCUAAGCCACGUGCGACUACAUGUGUCCCAGCAGGUAAAUGUCACCAAAACUUUCAUCAGAGGUGUUAGCGUUCAUGUCAACCACUGAUGGACGCCUCUGAAACUUCUUACCUUUUUGAUCAAGUCCUUUACAUAUUGGAAGUUUGCAACAGCUCAAAGAUCAUCACACCUUGGCUCUCUCAAGCUGAAUAAAUAGUGUCUAACUUCACUACGGCUGUGUGAAAGCAUGAGAGGUUAACACAUAGCAGAAAGGCUUUACAUAAACACACUCUUCUCUGCACGAACACACACCUCUGUCUGCUCUGCCCGCUCCUAGUCUCACUUCUGUAACACCUUUGUCACUUCUAAUGCCAGCACAGUCACGACACCUCUUAGUCCCAUUAUACACUUUAUAUAAAAUGGAUAGAAGUUUGGAUGUUGCUAAAGGCCGAGAGACUUGUCAAAUUCCCCAAGUUUUGUCCCAGGUGUGAUGAUGUCAGUCCUACGACGCAAUCAGCCAAGUUGCUUGUGGGCGUUUGGUGGUUUUACUAGUGAGAAUGUUGGCAUCUGUGGAGCUAUUGUGAGUAGAAGUGAUGUUUUUACUCUUUAUACAGCCGCUAGUCGUACUAUUCUACCCCUGUUUCAUUUUGGUUGGAGACUUCACAGGGGCUUAAAUAUUGCAUCUUUAGCUGGCGUGUGAAAAGGGCUUAAAUGUCUUAGAGGUGUAAUGAUGGGACCAAGUUGUCCAACAUCUGAGCUGGCGCCAGAGUUCGUAUCUUAGGCAUUAAAAAGGCAGUACAGGAUCACUGCAGACCACUAUGUGAAGUCUGAGGAAUUGUGUAUGUGAAGUUCAGCUCUCAUGCUCCUGCAAUAGAGUUACACAAAUAGCCCAUUUAAACACAACAAAAGACUUUCAAGAGACUUAUUUAACACUUUUGCUGUGAUACUGCAACGCUAAAUCAAAUCCAUUCCAUCACUUGCUGCGGGGCCAUCAAAUAAAACGGUGAUAUCAGACCGUGUGACACCGUGAAAGACCGGUGGCCAGCUUUGAGGUCAGCGCUCUAAUUACACUUCAGAGAGACUGAUUUAGGUUCAGUUGCAGAGGUUGAGCGGGGCUGCAGAUGGAUGGAGGUGCGAGGAGAAGGAAGAGGGAGGGAGAGCUGUGAGAGCAGUGGACAGUUGUUCCCGGAGUGAAAAAAAAAAAAAGGAUGGAGGAGUUUCAAUUUGGAUUUAAAUCGAACACUAUCACCACAAGAGUCUCUUCUGCUGUCAUGCUCAUUUUACCUUUUGCUUAUUGUCUGUUUCUGCUUUUAUUUUUUCUCCUCACCCAUUUCACCUCCUCUUGGCUGUGAACAAACUUUUAAAAGAGAAGAUUUUACUGCAUCAAAUUAGGAUACAUACGAUUUUUUAUCAAGCAGGGCUGUAACUUUCUAUGAGAGUUAAGUAUCUGUGUGCAGAACAUGAAUAUUAACAAGAUCCUGUUACAUAACUGUAUUUCGAUCUUCCUCACUUAGUAUUUUGGGAUUAAGAUUAAGAUUUAUGUCAGAUUAAGGUCCAGGUCAAAGUUAAGGUUGAGUUUAAGGAUUUAGAGAUGAAUCAUUUGAAGCAGAAACCCAGGGUAAAGGAAAUUUAUGCUGUAAGCCUAUCUUUUGUUGGUGAACCCUAAGUUAAGAUCAUGUAAUGAUAGUUUGGCCUGUGUUGCACAGUGACAGUGUGUUAGUCUGUGUGUGUCUGUGUGUGUGUGUUUGAGAGGAAUGCUGCUGUGGUGCAUGAUGAGGGGGGGGACUCUAUGGGCAGGAGCACCCAGGGGUUAACGAGCGGUGUGAGAAAAACAGGCAGAGUUUGAGAAGGAGGGGGGAGGGACGUCAUGCACACACACGCACGCACACACACACACAUAGAUACGCAUUCAGAGCGAGUCCCAGGGGAAGCUGACGAUUGGGCCCAUGAGGGAGGCGGCUCUUGUUGAGCUAAAUCAAAGCAGCAGGUAUCUCUACUUGCUGAUCAGAUGAGAACUUCUAAGUGAUGUUUGGGUUUUUAGUUGAAUGGAUGAUUUUUUUCCUAACCUCAGUAGUCAUAAAUGAAACCUACAGGUGCGCACCAAUCCUGAAGCAGCAGUGUAAUGAGACAGCUGUUUCCACCAGCUAUUACAACAAAGUGUUUUAUCCCACUGUAAUGUACUCUAUAGGUCCCAGAACUGCCCACUUCUCCAGUAAUCCCACUCGUAUGGAGCGGUCACCAAAAUGUAAGAUGACAGUGUUGACCCAAACACCUGCCACUUCCUCCACACAUACACAUACGUUUACCCACACAGACCUGGUGGACUCUUUUCUAUCCAAAAAGCUCUUCUCACGCAAAUAGAGUGGGCAGGCAGGAUCCCCUCUCAGCCUAUUUAUCAGAGGAGGGGGAGUUUGAGAAGGGACAGACAGCGUGGACCCCCUCCAUUGUUCUGACUGGGUUUAAGAGAUGGGGGAGGCAGGGAUGGAUCUAGGAAUAGGAUGGGAAUCGGAGACCCCAACAAUGCCACAAAGCCCCCCACUGCUCUUCCUGCUUAUGAGCAUGACCUGCUCUGACAGAGCAGAGAUGGACCCCGAGUAGGGGGAAUUAGAAUAUAACUCGAACAAAACUUCACCCAGUUUGGUCUUGAAUGGAUUCUUAAAUCUACCUGAACUUAAAGUUGAUGAUGUAGGCCGACACUAGAGGGAGUGGCAUCAAUCCGACAAGAUCCAAACUACCAAAGCUUUGCCAAAUGAAGACACAUUCCUCAUGCAUGGGAUUGCUGCAUUGUGUUGUAGGAGCAUGGUCAAAUUCUUCAGUGAAUUGAUUAAAAAAUGACAGUCCUACAAGAAUCAAACCAAAUGACACAGAUUAACAUUAAUGAUCCAUACAAUGUAAACUAGUCCUACCUCAUCCAAAACUGGAGCAUGUCUUUGGCUUUUCAUGACUUUAUCGACAGAUUGAAGACAGAUGAUGAUGAGUGUUGGAAAGUUAUUAAACUAAUCCAUUAGCUCUUGAUAUUGUUAGUGACAUUUGCUUAACACUGAUUGAUUGCAUGAAAUAAGACAAAGUUACGAACAAACACUUAAGGUUUUUAACUAUUGUUGUUUCUCUGAGUCGGGAUUGCGACUUCAGGGAUGGUCAUGGGCAUAUAAAGUUACGAUUUGACACCAAGAGGGGGGGUUUAUCUUUGGAGGUAAGAUUUAAAAAUGACUUAUUUGAAAUCUAAGAUUGAGGACAAAGUAGUGGAGUAUUAUGAAUACUCUUAGCUGUCUAAUUAAAAAAAAUUGAAUAUACUCACAAAGCUUAUGUGUGAAAAGAGCAGAAAAGAGCAUUGAUAGCCCGACUUAAACUUCUCAAUGAUUAUACAACAGAACAUUCUCACUCUCGCUUGCUCCCUCGCAGGGAAUUUUCCUUACCUUUAUCUACUGCCGUCACACACUGGUUCACCAAACUUUACAGGAAAUGAUCCAAGCAGAGUCGGUAUGCAGUACUAGGCAGUUUGUGCUUUUGCUGCAUGAUAUUAAGAAGUAGUAUAGCAUUUUUUUUAAUAUAUAUACUGCUUUAUGAAAAAAUACAAGGAUUUAUGAGGAAAUGCUCCGAAACAAUUCCAUUUCAAAAACACAUCUGUUAUUUAUAAUUUGGAUCUUUAAGUGAUUUUAGACAGAUAUGCAUUAUGGAUCAAUCUUGGAUGACAGAGCAUGUUGUGAUUCAGGUCGCCUGACUGACAUUGCGCAUGUGUGCAUCAUAGUUGUGAUGGUUAAACAGUAUAUUGCUCGAAUCCAGAUCCAGAUCAGGGAGCGUCAAGUAUAUUACUGAACCAAGAAAGACCCAAACACACAGCUGCAUAACAUUCAUUGCAUCCAGUCUCUAAAGGACUGUCCCAUCUCAGCUUGAUUACACACACAAAUGCAUACAAGGCCAGAUGUGCUUCCCUGCAAGAAUGUGAGUUAUGUAAGUUGUACAUCCUGGGAUAAACUCACACAUUCGAAUAACAAGAAUACAGUACAACUAACAUUUCCUAGAACAAUGAAUUCCAGUUGAGAAUCUUGUUCGUGCCUUUUCAUUUUGAAAGAACAGACUUUUGUAUGUGUGUUUUUCACUUUAAACCACACAUGUAGGUUAUAACUGAUUCUGCAGCACUUCACAGCUGUUGAAAGAUUCUCAUCGUUUGAGGUUGCUAAAACCUCUUUUUUUUGUGCCACAGCUGACAGAUUUUUUUUUACCCUAAAAUGUCCUGAAGCUUUAGCAUGUGUGUGUUUUGCAAACAGCCCACACGUGUGUAUGUGUGUGUGUGUGUGUGUGUGUGUGUGUGUGUGUGUGGUUGUGUGCAUCCAGCUGUGCUUUACCCCUCAUUCUCUCCAUCGUAGAGCUCGCAGCAGACCUUUGUCUGCCAGUUUAGAGUCGGGUGUGAGGUGAAGAGCAGUUUGUUCAUAAUGGAUUAUUGAUUGGUCUGAGAAUACACUGCCUCUGCACUGUGUGUGUAUGUUUGUGUGUGUGUGUGUGUGUGUGUGUCUGUGUAUGCGUUAAAGAGACUCCAUACCAUCUCCUCUUCUGUCCCACUCUGUGCACUGAAUGUCUCCACUUUAUGAGCAAGUGAACAGAGGAUAGCAGGGUUUUCGGAGAGUGCUCUCUGUAUGUCAUGCUCUGUGAAGCAGUAUGCGCCUGAAUGUGUGUGUGCGAAUGUGCGUGCGUGUGUGUGUGAGCAGCUCUCUGUAUGGGCCGUUAAGCUUUCAAUGCUGCCUGUAUGAACCAGUGUUAAAAGCCCACAGUGUGCACAUAUAGACUUUGAAAAGAUGUGUGUGCACAACAUUAAAAGCCCCCUCUGUUUUGCUUCUUGAUUCCUCAGUUUCCUUGAAUGCAUAAGUGCGAGUUUGUGUGUGUGUGUGUGUGCGCGCGUGUGCAUUUCAACAAGAGGUCCACUCUUUAUUUGUGUGUAUUUUUCUUGAUUUUAAAUGCCUGUCUCUGUGCUGCUACGGCUGCCUCUGUGUAGGAGGGGAACAGAUCCCAUCACAGCUGAAGGAUGUCCCACAUGAGACCGACCUAUAGUCAUUAUCAGUGAUAAGGUGACAGUGUGAGUGAGUCACCCUGUUAUGAAAGCCAAUCUUGGCACCCUUGGGUGCAAGAGAUUUGUGUCACGGCUGCCUCUGGGAUGAUUGCAGUGAUGAAGGUGCUUCCUGCCUGGAUGAUGAGGAAGGAAGAGGCUUUUUCUUUCGAUGAUUUUUACUUUAAUUCUAGGCUCUUCAAAUGGUGGGCUGUAGUAGUAGAUUAAAAAAUCAUUCCACCACAAUCCACAUUUGUUCUGCAGCGUGAGUUUGUAGCCUCUAGAGGGAGCAAUUAAGCAGUUUGCAAUAAAACACAAACACCUUCUAACUUUCCUUCAAAAAUUUGCAGAUUGACUGAUCAAAAUGCCAAAAAGUCUAAUAGUUACACUUAAUACUUGUUAAAUGUAUGUCAUACUGCACAAAACUGAAAAUCCAUCUUUGCCAGGGUUCAAAUAUGUGAAAACAAAUACAAAACAGAACAAUCUAGCGGCUUUGAGCAGGUUCUCAUCUGGCCUGCCUACACAGUUUGACACUGUUUGUUUCAAAUUCACUCCAGAUGUGAACCUCAGGAGGCUCAGGAACAGAAAUAGCCGGCUGCUCUGAAAAUGUUGUGCAUGGAUGGGAAAAUAAGAGUGGAUUUCCUCCUCUUCGCCCACCUCUGCUGCCACAGCGCAGCGCUCAGAAAGCAGAACAGCAGAAGUUGAGCGUGCAAAGGAAGGGGAGAGAGAGAAAAAAAAAGGAACAGUUUGUUAUUGUUUGACACAGCAGUCAUUAUCAGCUGAGAGUAGGCCUCCACUCACUCCCAGUGACUCACGGUGAGGCAGCUUAAGUGACCAUUAAUGGCAUGUCUGACAUGAGACCAAUGACAGUAACAACAAGGGUGAACCUAGUCUGAAUUAUUUAAAGACAACCGAAUUUCUGCAAGAAAGAAAAACUGGAUUUAAGCACAAAGAGGAGAUGAAACAGCAAUUCUAGGUAACACACUCUGCCCGGUUUUAUUAAUCUGUGUGUGUGUGUGUGUGUGUGCGUAGUGUUAGUGUUGUAUGUGACGUUCAUAGCCUGGAGGAUGUCAAUAACAGUAAAGAUUUAUCAAUUGAAGUGUUCUUUUUAGCUUCAGGAAGGCUCUAAAUCCAUUUAUUGCACCAUUAUGGCCUUUAACAGAGCUUUGAUACCUCUCCUCUUUUUUGAUGACUUCGAUGAUUGCUAAUCCCAUCCAUCUUUCCUGGAUAGUUUCUCCCUCCUUAAGCCAAUUUGUCAUUUUUUCCCCCUUUGCCUGCAUGGCCAGGAGCCUGCAUUGUUUCCCUUCUGGGGGAUAAUCUCAUUACGUUUCAAUUUGCACAUACGACUGUCUGGUGGAUGACAGGCUUACUGUUGAAGAGUCUCAACCCCCCCAAAAGCCCUCCUGACCCCCAAUCAGCAUGGUCAUUUAAUAGGAAAUAAGAUUAUUACCCUGUUUUUUUUUUUAGUGCAAGACGUGGAAGAAACUACUAAGUAAUAAUGAGUAACAGUAGGAUGUGGAGGUGGAGAGCAGAUGGAACAGAUGGGGGGAAACCCACAUAGGAUGGAUAGACUGGGGUUGGACAGCUUUGUUUUUGCUGCUUUUUGUCUAUAAUCACUGACCUGGCUCGGUUGUGUUGGAUGUUAUUCCCAAAGCUCUGCUAGGGCCUUUUCUUAAUCUUUCCCCCGGAAAACCUAAGAUACUAAGGAUGUGCCUUCAGAUGGAUCCAUUUAGUCAUAUUUGGUUGUUUUAUCCUUUCGUAAAAGUUGCAUGUGGUUCAUGUAACAACAAAAAUCCAGCAUCCAUCGCUGUACUUUUAGUAUUGUGGUAACACCCACAGACUGUGUAUGGACGCCAUCUGCCUCCUUGCUGGUUGAAGCCACCCCAAGAACAGCACCUUCUGGUGACGGGCUGCAGUAUAGGUCAUAAAUCCUGCCUCAUCCGGCAAUCCCUAUGGAGCUGUGGACAAACUUCAGAAAUUGAUUACACAGAAUAUAAAUUUUUCUCCCCCCCGCUUGUGAUGUUGACAUGUAGUUAUUGUAAGACUGGUUUGUGCUCAAGUCCUCUUUUUUCUGUACAGCUCCGUUUUUAAAAGUUAUUAGGGGGUUCAUGUUUUCUAUAAGCCAGUUAUGAGAGUCAUCCAGCACCUCUUUAUUAACCUCACAGAAACCAUUUAGUCUUUUUUAAAAUGCCUUGUAUAGAUAAUAGCAUUCUAAUAGCCAAAUGUAAUCGAGAUUGUGCCACAGCAUAAAAAGCUGAUUUAGACCUGAUAAUUUGACCUUAAAGAAAGAGUGUGGUUAGUCUCUUCUCUAUGUGGACCUCCCCCUUUGUUGUUAACAAAGUUGGUAUCAGAAUGCCCCUCCUUUCUUGAUUUUGAUUGAUCAGAGAUCAGUCAAUCAAGCAUGGCAGUGUUCCAGAAGUUGAACCAUUUCUAACUUAGAUCACUGAGAGCCACGACAUUAGACAGCCGAAGCUGAGUGCAUUUUUGCGCACAGGACUCUAAAAUCGCUGAACUUCACUGGCUUUCGUACAGAAAAUAGGCGCCUCCAGUGUAACAAAGUACAUUGAUGGACAGUGUGUGUAAUACUCAGAGACAGUCUACAGGCAGACUCUGCGCUAUCAGCUGCAGAAGUACAUCUCUGUUAUCACCCACAGACAGAACACAUGCCAGACGUCUCUAACUGAAACAGCACUCACACUUUAGGUGUCAAACUCCUCAACUGAGUUUAAAGUCUGUAACACACUGAGAAUAUCAUUAUAUAUUCACACCUAUCAAUAAUAAAUAACUGAAUAACUGCACUAUAACUGUAAAACUCCUUGACUUCAGCAUUCAUGGUCCCUCGAGGCUUUGCUCCAACACAUUUGUUCAAACUCAACUUCUCACCUCUGGGUUACAGCAACAUCAUACAACAUAUCAAACUAAGGGCGGCAUGGGUACAGAGAUCAGAGAAAAAAAAAGUUGUGAUUUUCACAAAAUCUUGUGUGAAAACAAACACAGCUAAGAUUGUUUUCCAUUCACUGCUGUUUUCUUCUCUUAGUUUAUCUCAGUUAGCAUGGUAACAUUUGGCUGAUUACACUUGACAAAAAAGUACAGCUAGAGCUUGUAAAGAGUUAUAAGUUCUUUAAUGAAUUACUUCAAAAUUUAAUUUUUGACAUCAUGAUGUUUCGAAACAGAAAGUCACAGAACUCUAAGGUGAUGAGUUUCGAUUCUGUCCAAAAGCUACUUUUGUAAACCUUCAGUGAAGAAUAAAUGUCAGAUUUAUCAUUAAUCAUCCUCAAGAGAACAUGGAUGUAUGUAGAAAGUGUUAAAAACUGAAUGAUAAUCACGACUGUCAACUAUAAAACCAUGGUGCUGAAAAAAGUUUCUUUUUUUUCAAAGUUUUCAAAUGCAAAAUCAAAAUAUGAGCCUCCAUCCUUUAUUAAAAUGAACACUGGUAAAUCUUGUUUGUUUUUUAUGAAAUCUCAAAGGCCUACAUCUGAAAGUAAAUUUACGUUCUCAGUAAUGUCAUCCACAGCUGCACUUCUGGCUGGAACAGCACUUGUUAGCUGAGGGCCUUCGCUUACUAAGCACUCCAGGAGGAAGUAUGGGGAACCAUUGAGCUUGCACUGAUUUCAAUAGCAUAAAUCAUUUUGGAUAGAUAGGUCGCUCCGGCGCAGGGUAGUCAUUUUCAGUGUGAGAGUUGAAGACAUAUGAUUGUUCUUGUGCUAACGUCCCUCCUCCACCACCUUAUCCUCUCAUGAUUAUGAUCAAUUAUCCACUUAUAAUUAAAGGCUGGCAGUAACUCAGCUUAUGGGCUCUGGCACUUUAUGUAAUAGCCUGUAAUAAUGCUGUCAGUCACAUUUCAUAUAGUCCCACUCUCAGGCUCCAGCAUCUGCUGGAAUUAAUACCCCAGUAAAAAUGUGUCGGUGAUCAACAGUUAUAACAUAAAGAGAUCUUAUUUAAUGAUGUUUCCAAUGAGCUUACAGAAAGGAAAGAAGAAAGGGUGUGAUUAACAGUGAGUGAUUCUUGUGAGAAGAAUUGAACCUUGCAAAAGCCAAUAAUCAGCGGUAAUAAUGAAAUGUGUUUUAAACAUAUACACAUAUCAGUUGUAGCAUUAGAAUCAAAUGUUAAGAGCCGUAUGGCCCCCCUCUGGUUUGGCCAGUAAUGAGAUAGUCCCGACCUGACAUGACACGGACUCCACCAGACAAUGUUCAGGUGUGUGGUGGUUUCUGGCAACAAGACAUAAGCAGGAGAUCCUUGAAGUCCUUUUAGGUGCAGCUGGAUCAGACUUGGCUGUCCAGUACAUUCCGCCCAUGCUCAAUUGGGUUGAGAUUAAGGAAACUUGGAGACUAAGUUAGCCUAGUUUUGACCUUCAUUCAUUGCUCUGUGAUCCAGUUUCGAUCGUCAUGUGCCCAUCGUGGGCAUCCUGGUCACUCUGCAGCUACGCAGCUCCAACAAACAACUGCACUGUGUGUUUGGACACCUUUCUAUCAGAACCAGUGUCAACUCUGUCAGCAGUUUUCUUUCCUUUAUUUUAAAGGGACCCCCACUGCUACUGACUAGGAACACCCCAUAAUACAUACUUGCAGUAUUGGAGAUGCUCUAACUCAGUUGCUUUGCCAUCACAGUUUGGCUCUUCUCCAAGUCCCCCACAUCCUUAAUCUUGUUCAUAUUUUUUAAACAUGUUAAUUUCAAUUUUCUACUUUUUACCAAUAUAUCAUGCCAACUGACAGGGGCCAUAAUGCAGAUGGCUGACUGGUGUGUGCUUAAAUAAUAUAAUGAGUAUGAAUUAAUUAAACCUAAUAGUUGUCGGGAAGCAGACCAAACAACAACAAAAAAGAGAAUUUGCUAAUUGUUUUCUACAAAUAUAAUAAUAAUACAUUUAUUUGUAAAGUAUAGGAGGUAUGAAAGCAAAACAAUGUCAAAGUCUUUGUCUGUUUCCUUUUUGAGCUCUCUUUCUCUCUCUCACUUCCCCUCUCUCUCUUUUAUUUUUUCUGUUUGACUCUCCCUCGACCCCAUUCAACUCCUGUCUGAGAAAUAGAGCAAAGCAAACUGUCUGAAGAGCCACUUCCUGUUGUGUACUUAAGAUCCCUGUCAUGUGAUAGUGUCAGUUGAAGCUGGUGUGUGGGGCCGGUAUGGGGAGAGAAUAUGGUGGCAGUGCUGAUCUUGCUGAUGUGAAUAGAGGCUCCCACCACCACAGCCACCCCCUCCUAACUCUGAUUGUGUAAAGUGUCGACUCAGCCAGUGCAGUGUGCAGGCCCCCCCCCCCAAGCCCUGAACGCUUCAUGAGUGUCCACAACCAACAGAGAUGCGCGUGUGCAGUGGUGUCAUAGAUUUGUAUUCAUCUUUUUACAUGAUGAUCAAUUCCCACAUACCUAAUGAGUUUGUGUUUUGUUAUUGUCUGGUUGUGGUCCAACACUUCACCCUUCACAAUGGUUAUUGAUAUGAAAACGCACAAAACAGGAAUAGUCAAUCUUGGUGCAAAUUGUUUUAUUUGCUUUAAGGGGCAUCACAGCUAAAAUCAGUCAGUUUCAUCACCAGUUAAAAACCCCUAACAGAGGCCUUUAGUGGUUUUUAAAUUUCCUAGCAGCUUGACAGAUCUGCUCUGACACAUGCAGUGCACUGUAUAUAUAAAUAGUAACUAAAUAUGUAGGCUAUAUAUGAAAUUAGUUAAUUGCUUUGAAUUCUUAACUAAUCUUUUCUUCCUCUUUCCCGUGUUCCCCCCUUUUUCUCUCAUUUUCUUCAGGUGGAUGAUAAACAGCACCUACAGAAGGACACACGUCUAUGACCCAGAAGUCGCCAAUGUGCCGCACAUCUGA